AUGUACCAGAUGCCUGUAGGCAUAGGAGUCAAUUCCAAGAGUCCGAGGACCCUUCGCUAUCCCCACCCUCAUAAAAUAUUUGGUGGGCAUUGCUAUUCAGAUGGUGUGUGUAUACCGCAACACGUUAUUGAUGAUUCAGGACAGGGCUUAUCUGCCCCCCCCCCCAAAUAUUUUAUUCAAGUUGUCACCCCUGCCUGCAGGAAACUUUCAAGCAGGCUCAACCAGUAUUCACAAACAUUAUUGCUUCUGACCAGUGGCUAGUAACCAGAGGCAGCCCUUCCCAUUUUGCCACCUGAGGCAAAAUUGGAAUUGCCACCACUUGCUGUCCCUGCACCAGCACUUCCACUGCUGGAGAACAUGGGAUUCUGCAAAGCUACUCAGCACAAAUAUAAUAUGGGGAAGACCUGGCUUUCCAGUAGUACAGGUGAAAAGGAUCUUGGAGUCUUGAGGGACCACAGCCUUCACAUUAGUCAACAGUGUGAUGCAGCAGCAAAAAAGCUGAUAUUAUUCUAGGCUGCAUCAACAGAAAUACAGUGUCCAGGUCAAGGGAAGACAUAAUGCUGCUCUAUUCUGCCUUGGUCAGACCACACCUGGAAUACUGUGUCCAGUUCUGAGUGCUAUAAUCUAAGAAGGAUAUUGACAAGCUGGAAUGUGUAAGUUCCACAGUAAGUUUUACUGCAAGGAAGAUUACAUCCCACCCCCACCCCCGGCUCCAGGUGUGACACACCCAUCGUUUGCAGCACACACCUUGAUAUUUCUAUUGAUGUUGCUGCCCAGGAAUACAAGUUGGGUAUGUGUCACUCUCUAUGCUGGUUUGGAUACUAGUAAUUGGGAGAAGUUUACAAGGUUUCCUCCAGAUAUUGUUCGUUUAGCUAAAGCAUUUAUAUGUCGUUUAAUCAUUAGUGUUUGUAAGUGGUAUACAUAAAAAAUAAACCAUGGGUAGAAGGAGGAGUUACGCUAAGACCAGACCAUGUCAUUACCAAGGAGGCAGGUUUAGUCGUUAUUUGAGGACUAUCCCUGCCUCUGGGUCUGAUCUUGUCCAAUCGGAUAGUGGAAUCAGCAAGCGAUACCCACAUGACUUGAAGGUGCUGCUGUGCAAUGCAAGGUCAAUGAUUCAUAAGACCAUUGCCAUCCAUGACUUGAUCAUGGAUGGAGGACUUGACCUGGCAUGUGUAACAGAGACUUGGUUGGAUGAAGCAGAUCAGCCUGUCGUUGCCGCUGUUUGUCCACCAGGUUUCUCUUACGCACAGCAACCCAGGCCUUGUGGGUGGGGAGGGGGGCGUUGCAGUGAUUUUUAGGAAGUCAUUAGUUUGCGCCAGGCAUCCUAUUGGGAAGACCCAGUUCUCUGAGUGCAUGUUCUGGAAGUUGGGCAAUAGAGGCAGUACAGGAUUCCUUUUGGUGUACUGACCUCUCCGCUGCACCAAGGAUUCCCUGCCCAAGCUGCUUCAAGUCAUAGAAUCAUAGAAUCAUAGAAUCAUAGAGUUGGAAGAGACCACAAGGGCCAUCGAGUCCAACCCCCUGCCAAGCAGGAAACACCAUCAGAGCACUCCUGACAUAUGGUUGUCAAGCCUCUGCUUAAAGACCUCCAAAGAAGGAGACUCCACCACACUCCUUGGCAGCAAAUUCCACUGUCGAACAGCUCUUACUGUCAGUUAUGUUUCCAGGGAUGGCUUUCUAAAGAACUUUUGAUUAUUAUUAUUGCUGCUAAGUCAUUGACCUCUUUCUUUCUUUCUUUCUUUAAGGCACACGACUCAACAAGAGACCAACAAAACCAUCACAACAUGCACAAAUGCCAUCCGACAGCUGUCUGAGGUCAUCAGAGGUUCUUCAAGGGUAAGUGGCCUUUGAAAUGGUUUCUGACAAAGUUGUGGAGGGUGACAGCACAAUCCCAUGGCUGCAAAACCCAGGAAAAAUGGAAAUUCCAUAAAGGAGCUGGAAGGGGAAAGCAAAGGGGUUGUAGUCAAAAGAGAUCUUUAUUGAUCCAGCGCAUUUCAGAUCCUUUGAAUUUCUUAUGCACAGGAAAGGGAGAGGCAGCACAACUAGACGCUAAAUCUCUGUUUCUAUGAAUGUACCCAAAGAAGGACCAAUAGGCUCUCUUUGAACUAUCCCAUUACUUUUUGUUUUGAAUCCUAUGUAUACCUUACUCAGAAGUAAGUCCUGUUGAUUGGGAUUUACGCACAAGUUAAUGUGCACUAGACUGCACUCAUCCAUAUUUUUGAAGCAUAUUUUCCCCCAUUUUUAAGGAAGGAGGCUUCCCAGUGAUUCCCCCCCCCCCCAGGGUCCUUGUUUUAAGUCAUGCUCUCCUAAUAAUGAGCAGUUUCCAUGAUUCCUGGUUUUAUUUCUGUAUCUGGCCACAAUUUUUGCACAACAGCAUUCAUGUUCAUUCAAGUCGUGGUGGAUGUUCUCCUGGAGACACCUAGCUUGGUUGUCCUAGGGGAUUUUAACAUCCACACCAACACGACCUUACAAGGGGCCGCUCGGGACUUCAUGGGAAGCAUGGCCUCCAUGGGGCUGUCCCUGAAUGAGUCUGGCCAAACGCAUAGUCGCAGACAUGCCUUAGACCUGGUGCUCAUUCUGAAGCUGACUGGACACGGGUUAGAGCUCAAUGUUGAGCCUACCAAGUGGCAAUGGUGACGGCAAAGAAGACUUUCUUCACCGCCUCUAUUGCAUCUGCAGAAAACAGCAGCAGGAGACUCUUUCAGGUGCUUCACAAUUUAGCAGAACCACCUGCUCCAUUGGGACCCAGUACAGGCCACAUGAUCUCCUGCAAUGAUUUUGCAAAGUUUUUUGCAGAUAAAGUUGCUCAGAUUCGGGAAGAGGUAGACUCCACCGUGGGAGCAGGGCCGGGGCGGCAGAGUGCUAGAGUCCUGUCUAGUCAAGUUGCGUGGGAUCAGUUCCAAUCUGUUACCUCUGCGGAGGAUGUGGACAGGCUGCUUGGACGAAUGAAACCAACCACCUGUCUCCUUGAUCCUUGCCCAUCCUGGCUUAUAAAAGCUAGCCGGGAAGGGCUGGGCGAUGGGCUUCACAGGGUGCUGAAUGCUUCUUUCUGUGAGGGAGCCUUCCCAGGCACAAUGAAAGAGGCGGUUAUUAAACCGCUUCUUAAAAAAAACAUCUCUAGACCUGACCAAUAUGGCCAACUAUCACCCAGUCUCAAAUCUUCCAUUCUUGGGCAAGGUGAUAGAGCAAGUGGUUGCUGAACAACUCCAGGCACACCUGGAAGAAGCGGACCAUUUGGAUCCCUUCCAGUCGGGAUUCAGGCCUCAUCAUGGGACUGAAACUGCCUUGGUCUCUCCCCCCCCCUUUUUUUAUUUAUACAACAAGAAAAAAACACACACAAAAAACACAAAUACCAAAUUACACACAAAUUACAAAAAUAACCAUAGACACAUAAUUUUCUUGGCAAACAAUAAAACAUCUAUUGGUCUUAACACUAAAGACCCAACUUCCCAUCUAUUCCAUAUUUCAAAUUCAUAUUACGUAUUGCCAAUACACAUUUUUUUCAUAAUUAAACUUAUUCUCAAUAAAUCUAAUUUCUUCUAUCUACCUAGCAACUAUCACUGAAGUUCCUUGAAUGCUGCAACAGAAUUUAAACUACUAUAUUUAUUUUUCAGAUAUUCUUUGAAAACCUCCCAUUUAGAAACAAAUUCCUGUUUUGAUUUAUUCUUUAUUUUUUUCUGAUAAACCAUCUAAUUCGGCAUAUUCUGUCAGCUUUUGGAUCCAAUCUUGUAUAGAGGGGAUUUCAUUACUCUUCCAUUUUGCUGCGAUCAAAACUCUUGCUGCCGCCGUCACAUAUAAAAAGAUACCCUUCCUCUUUUGUGGAAUAUCCAAAUCUGUUAUGCCCAGGAGGUAGGCCUCUGGUUUUUUAUUGAAACAGAUCUUUAGCAUUUUUUGCAGUUCUGCAUGUAUACUCUCCCAGAAUACCUGUAUUUUCCUACAUAUCCACCACAUAUGGUAGAAUGUUCCUGAGUCUCCGCAUCUCCAACAAUUACUUGACACAGUUUUAUACAUUUUUGAAAGUUUCCAUGGUGUUAGAUACCAUCGAUGUUGCAUUUUUUGAAAGUUCUCUCUAAUUGUGUAACAGUUUGUGAAUUUCCAAUUGAUCUUCCAUAAAUUUUCCCAUUGGGCCAUGGUUAUUGGAUGGCCAAAAUCCUGGGACCACGUCACCAUUGCCACUGUUACCUCCUCCUCCUUGACUGUCCAGUCAAGGAGAAGUCGGUAAGUUUUGGAAAGAGUUUUUCUUUUAGAGUUUACAAGAUCAGAUUCGAAUCGGGAAAUUUCUGCUGAGAACCCCUUUCGUUUGUCAGAUUUAAAUUUUUCAAAUAACUGAUGGUAUUGGAACCAGUCUGAAAUGUGUUCUCUUAUCUCCUCAAAGUUUUUUAAUUUAUUUUAAUUUUAUGUUAAUUCUAUUUUAAUUUAAUUUUAAUUUUGUUAUCCUCAUUUUUUAGAAGUAUUUUAUAUGUUGGCCAGCUUUCCUGAGUAUUUUUCCGUUUUACUGCUAUGGCUUCUACUGGAGAAGUCCACCACGGGACUUUAGGCUCCAUCAGGUCUUUAUAUUUUUCCCAUACAGCAAAGAGUGACUUUCUUAUUAUAUGGUUGGUAAAUUUUUUAUGAAUUUUCGCUUUUCCAUAUAUUAGGUAGGCGUGCCAUCCCCAACGGUUGUCAAAACCUUCCAGGUCCAAGGAGGCCCAGAUCCUGCAACGUGCACCAAUCUUUUAGCCAGGUGAAACAGGCAGCCUCGUAGUAAAGUUUUAGAUCGGGUAGGGAAAAGCCUCCUCUCUCUUUUAUGUCUAUUAAGAUCAGGUGUUUAAUCCUAGGUUUCUUCCCUUCCCACAAGAAUUUGGAAAUUUCUCUUUGCCAUAUCUUGAGACAACCUGCUUCACCCAGUAUCGGAAUCAUUUGAAAUAAAAAGAUUAAUUUUGGAAGCUGCCUUGGUCUCACUGGUCGAUGAUCUCCAGCGGGCUAGGGACAAAGGUGAGAGCUGUUUCCUAGUUCUGUUGGAUCUCUCAGUGGCUUUUGAUACCAUCAACCAUAACAUCCCUCUGGACUGUCUAGAGGGGCUGGGAGCUGUGGGCACUGUUAUAUGGUGGUUCCGCUCCUUUCUCCUGGGCCGUGUCCAGAAAGUGGUGUUGGGGGAUGAGUGUUCAGACCCCUGAGCUCUCACCUGUGGGAUGCCUCAGGGUUCUGUCCUCUCCCCCAUGCUUUUCAACAUCUACAUGCAGCCUCUGGGAGAGAUCAUCAGGGGGUUUGGGUUGGGUGUUCAUCAAUAUUCGGAUGAUACCCAGCUCUACAUCUCUUUCAAAUCAGAACCAGUGAAGGCGGUGAAGGUCCUGUGUGAGUGUCUGGAGGCAGUUGGAGGAUGGAUGGGGGCUAACAGAUUGAGGUUAAAUCCUGACAGGACAGAAGUACUGUUUUGGGGGGACAGGGGGCGGGCAGGUGUGGAGGACUCCCUGGUUCUGAAUGGGGUAACUGUGCCCCUGAAGUACCAGGUGCAUAGACUGGGAGUCAUUUUGGACUCACAGAUGUCCAUGGAGGUGCAGGUCAAUUCUGUGUCCAGGGCAGCUGUUUAUUAGCUCCAUCUGGUAUGCAGGCUGAGACCCUACCUGCCUACAGACUGUCUCGCCAGAGUGGUGCAUGCUCUAGUUAUCUCUUGCUUGGACUACUGAAAUGCACUCUUUGUGAGGCUAUUUUUGAAGGUGACCCAGAAACUACAACUAAUCCAGAAUGUGGCAGCUAGACUGGUGACUGGGAGCGGCCACCGAGACCUAAAUUGGCUCCCAGUACAUUUCCGGGCACAAUUCAAAGUGUUGGUGUUGACCUUUAAAGCCCUAAACAGCCUCUGUCCAGAAUACCUGAAGGAGCGUCUCCACCCGCAUCGUUCCACCUGGACACUGAGGUCCAGCGCCGAGGGCCUUCUGGCGGUUCCCUCACUGCGAGAUGUGAGGUUACAGGGAACCAGACAGAGGGCCUUCUCGGUAGUGGCACCCGCCCUGUGGAACAGCCUCCCACCAGAUGUCAAGGAAAUAAACAAAUACCAGUCUUUUAGAAGACCUCUGAAGGCAACCCUGUUUAGGGAAUAUUUUAAUGUUUAACAGACCACUGUAUUUUAAUAUUUUGUUGGAAGCUGCCCAGCGUGGCUGGGGAAAUCAAGCCAAAUCGGUGGGGUAUAAAUAAUAAAUUAUUAUUAUUAUAACCAUAGAGAGUAUAAAGCAAUUAAAAGUCCUCAUAACAGCAAGCACAUUAUGCUGCGAACUUCCCUGAGAUUUUGAGGUGAAGGGUGGUAUACAAAUUCAAUAAAUAAAAUAAAAUAAAUAAAUGAUAACUUAAAAUGGCUGUUGGAAUUUCAGCUGCCAUCAGGCCAAGCUAGCAUGAUCAAUGGUUGGGAUUAUGAGAGUUGUAUGUUGUAUUCACAUUAAUGCCAUAUUAAUCUUUAUUUAUUGCAUUUCAACAUACCACAGUUUUCCUGAUUUUUCACAUUUUAUGAUGAUUGAUGAUUAAUACAUGUUGACCAUAUUUUUUUAUGCCCCCCCCCAAUUUAAUUUCAUUUGCAUUCCUAAGAAUUUGGGUUGGGGGGGGGGUCAUUGACAACUUUAUAAGCUUGUCAAAGGGUCCAUGAACUCAACAGUUGGAGAAAAUGUUGUUUUAAACAUAUUAAGUAGCCCUAUAUUGGGCAAAGAAGUAAUCACCACUCCCUUAGUAGGUUGUGAACUCUGCUUCCUAGGAGGUUUUUCAGCAGAGGUUGGAUGGCCAUCUGUCAUGGAUGCUUGAGCUGAGCUCCCUGUAUUGCCAGGGCUGGACCAGAUGACCCCUUGCAAUGCUACAAUCCCAUGAUUCUAUGUUUUGGACAGUACUGUGUUUUCAGAAUAUUUCGAAAGAGGAAUUACAUCCCAACAGGGAAGGGAACAGCUGAUGUUUGUGAAUGGUUGUAGCUAAGCAGCAGAGCUCAUGCUCUGCCAUAUAUACAGUGGUACCUUGGGUUUUGAACUUAAUCCGUUCCGAAGUCCAUUCUUAAACCGAAACCAUUCUUAAACUGAAGUGCGCUUUCCCUAAUGAGGCCUCCCACCACCGGUGCCCUUCCACCGUUCGGAUUCCGUUUUUAGACAGGGGUAAAGUUCUCAAACCAAGACACUAUUUCUGGUUUUGCGGAGUUUGUAAACCAAAUUGUUCUUAAACUGGACUGUUCUUAAACUGCGAUAGGUUUGAGUCUCUGCCAUCUCAAGGUAGGGGUUAGAAAGGCUUCUAACUCAGGCCCCUGCCAGUCAGUGAAGAUCUGGUGUAGCCAGUGCAGCAGUUUCCAGAUGUUAUGAACUCCAAUGAAUAUGUUUUUAAACUCCUUGCUCAAGAUUAAACAUGAUCUUGAUGCUAUGGGGGCAGUCACCCACAAUUCUGCUUUUUGUGCCUGCAAAGGUUUUGGGGUGGCUAGUGGUUACAGUGGACCUGGAAGACCAGGGUUCAAAUCCCCAUGCAUCCAUGAAGCUCACUGGGUGAUCCAGUCACUGCCUCUCAGCCUGACCUACCUCACAGGGUAGUAGUGGAGAUUACCAUGAACACAACCUUGAGGAGGGGGCGUACCAUGUACACAACCUUAAGCUCCUUGAAGAAUAAUGUGGGAUGCAAUAAAUAAAUGAAAAAUAAGGGGGUGAAACUGUGCUUCAUUUCCUAUGUGUAUAUCCUGUAACUUCCUAAAUGAACUCCUGUAACGUUUUAUACAACAAAUGUUUUGUACUAGAAGUGUUCUGGUUUAUUUUUAUCUUGCAUUUGUUGUGCUAUUUCUUUUCCAGAUAGCAAUAAUGUAGUAGCUAAUCACAAACCAAACUAAAGCAGAGAAAGCCAACCAAAGCACUAUUCAUCUGAUUAUUGCUGGCAUCCGUCUGUUUUGGGAAUCAAUGUAGAAGUGCACCUUUGGGGGUGAAGUCAAACUGUUGGAAGGUUACAGCAUUGACCGAUGAGGAAGAAACAUAUUUGCUGCAGCUGGACAGCAAAUGCACCAUCAGCUUUGGUUGGUGGCCUAGACAUGGGCCCCUAUCAUGACAGGGAUAGCCUAAUGUCUGUCUUCAAUGCUCUAGUAACUUCUAGGCUAGAUUACCGUGAUAUGCGGGGCUGACUCUGAAGAUGGUUCAGAAUCUUCAGCUGGUGCAGAAUUCAGUAGCCAGAUUCCACACUGGAGGAAGACGUUUCAGCAUAUAGCACCAAUCCUGCAAAUAGUUUCUGGGCUCUAUUCAAAGUGCUGAUUUUGACCAAUAAAGCCUUAAGUGGCUCAGGAAUGCAAAACCAACCCAGACCCUGUUUGUGGGAUGCUCCCAGUAGCGAGCCAGCCUUGUUGGCUUCAUCAUUAAAUAUCUUUAGGCUCCAGAUGAAAACAUUCCUCUUCUCCCAGGCCUUUGCCUAAUUAAACAAUCUAUGGCCUUUUAAACUGGGGUGUAGGUAUUGUUGUGUUUGUUACUAUGUUGUGUAUUUUUGUGUUUUUAUAUUGUAAACCACCCUCUGAUCCUUGGAUGAAGGGCAGUAUAGAUAAAUAAAAAUAAAUAAAACAGACCACUUGGGGAUCUACUUUGGAUGAAAGGUGGUUUUAAAAGUUGAAUGAAUGAAUACUGUCCCACACGUUACCCACAUGCCUGUCAAUACCCCGAAGAACUCUCAAAAUUUAGUGAGAUAAUGUUGACUUUUAUGAUGAUGAUUAUUAAGGCAAUUACUAUACCAACCUACUAUAUGAAAAGAUAUCUCUAAGCAGUUUGUAAAAUAACAGCAAUGACAUAAGUUUCAAAAAGAACCCAUAGAACCAUUCAUGUGAAUUACUAAUCAAUACAGCAAUAAAUUUGGAAACCCAUUCCCACAAACCACCUCUCAGUCUCCUGACUCUCUCCCAGGUCUUCACUCAUCCAUCCUGGCUCUCACACGAGCAAACUCACAGAUCACCACCCUCAAAAUAAAAAAAUAAAAAAAUAAAAUCUCACAAAGAAGAGGGUUCUUGCAAUCUGCUGGCAUCUCCCUAGUCUCUCGCUCUAGGGAUGAUGGGUAGGCGCUCAGGACUGAUAAAACUUUUUCAGGCAGGCAGCUUACAACAGUGUCCUCUUCUGCUGCACCACACGCACACAAUUUCAGGCUACAGCAGGUUGGGUGUGAUGAGUUUUCUCAGAGGUACCAAGGAUGGCAAAUAUGGCACCCCCUCCACCCAUAGUUCAUUUGCUGGCCUCUGCACAACUCUUCCAGAAGCUCUUCUACCUUUGCACAGUUGUGGGGAGCCUCCAGCAAAUGGGCUAGUCUUGAUUGGCCAGAGUGUCCCAGUUGUCCUUUGCAGCCAUUUUCCCCAACCCAUGCCCACCAGACUCAAGAACUACCCACCUGCCUUUCCAAGUCAGUUUGUUUGCCCCCAUCCAGCCCACCAGGUUACACACCGGGAUGCUGGAAUAAAGAAGUGAAGGUCCCUGCCCAUUGCUUGAAAUGAAAGCCCAGCUGUCACCCAUAUUCAUCAUAUGACUUCAGCGGAAUGCACAAAACACACUAGUAGAAACAGGCACUUGUUAUAUCAGCAGAUCCUGAGAUUACUUUUUGAUGGUGUAUAAAAUAAGAGAGGAGCAUGACUAAGAUGAUCAAGGGUCUGGAAACCAAACCUUAUAAGGAGCAGUUGAAGGAGUUGAGUAUGUUUAGCCUGGAAAAGAGGAGACUGAGAGGAGAUAUGAUAGCCAUCUUCAAAUACCAUAAGGGCUGUCACAUGGAAGAGGGAGCAAGCUUGUUUUCUCCGGCUCUAGAGGGUAGGACCCAAACCAAUGGCUUCAAGUUACAAGAAAGGAGACUCCGACUAAACAUACAGAAAAUCUUUCUGACAGUAAGACACUGUUUGACAGUGGAACAGUCUCCCUCGGGAGGUUGUGGACUUGCCUUCAUUGGAUGUUUUUAAGCAGAAGUUGGGCAGCCACUUAGAUUCCUGCAUUGCAGGGUGUUUUGGGCUAGAUGACCCUCGAUAUCCCUUCCAGCUCUACAGUUCUAUGAUUCUAUAAAAGUUGCAGGCAUCAUGAAACUUAACUUGCAGCCUGACCUCAUGGCUGCUGCUUACAACAUUUAGCCUAAUUUCUGGACUGCCACCACCCCACUUCAUGAUUCCAACCAGAGGUGCCAGCUUCCGAUGUUGUGUGGCACAUGACGUUGUGCACAUGGUGUCCCAAUAUCGUGUAUGUGAUGUCAGGAUGUCAGAGAAGCUGGAUGCGGAGCUGAAAGCAGUGGCAGUGCAGCUUCAAUGUCCACAGCUCCUCCUCCUGCCACCACCGAAGGAGCUGGCCACUGAAGCGGCGCAGUGCUUGGUCUCUUCCUCCACUUUUGAACAUGGGGGCACCCCCCCCAAUAUAUUGGGGUGACCCAUAAGGGCUCAGCCUCUAGGAGAUGCCCCCCCUUGCUUUGCUUGAUAGAGAGCCCUGGACUUGGAAUCUUGCUAUUUUUAUGACAUUUCAGCUAUACAGCUGCAAAUAAAACAUUUUGUGUUUUAAGUGCAAUAUACAAUGUGACACUAGAUGGCGAGCCUUACAGAAAAAAACACUUUAAAAAAAGAUUUUUGGAAUGGUUUUUAUUAUAUGUGUGUAGAUUCCACCAUUAUGUCUGGUUUCCAGCGAGGUUUUUUUGGAGGGUUGUUUCUUCUUCUUCUUCUGGAUUAGCACAGCCUUUUCUAUAUUUCUACAUAAAUCCACAAGCUCUGUCUGAGCAGAAAGGACAAUAAGUUUUGUAUUUCUCCAUCUAUGCAGAAGGUAAAGAUGAUGGUGGUGAAGAUGACAGUUCUCCUUAAAUCCCCAAGCGCUGACUACCAGCAGAGAUGGAUGGUGAUGAUUUUUCAUAUAAGCCAGCAAGGAAAAAAAGAGUAAUAACAUUUUCUUUGCUUUGUUAUAAAAAAAGUAAUGCCAUAUGACUUUUUGUUUUUGCUUUGUUAUAUAAAAAAUUAAUAUGAAAAAAAUGUAAUGCAGCACUUUCCAUUUAUAAGAAAACACUGAAGCGGUUUCAAUCAGGUGACAGCAAAAAUUGCAAAACAUUUUUUAGUAGGGGCAAUUAGAAUAAGAUCUAUCAUUUGAUUACAAACCACCAGAAUGUAUUUUGUAUAGUUAUAGUUACUCCACCACAGCAUAUAAGGCUCCAAGGAGGCCUCGGGACAUUGCUGCUGCUGCUCUGCCUAUGAGUCUUGGGGAGGACCGCUCCCCCCUGAAGCCCUUUUUCCACCUUGGGCCUGGGGGCGGGCCCCAUACUCCACCUCAGCAUAUAAGGCUCCAAGGAGGCCUCGGGACAUUGCUGCUGCCGCUCUGCCUAUGAGUCUUGGGGAGGACCGCUCCCCCCUGAAGCCCUUUUUCCACCUUGGGCCUGGGGGCAGGCCCCAUACUCCACCACAGCAUAUAAGGCUCCAAGGAGGCCUCGGGACAUUGCUGCUGCCGCUUUGCCGGUGAGUCUUGGGGAGGACCGCUUCCCCCUGAAGCCCUUUUUCCACCUUGGGCCGGGGGGCGGGCCCCAUACUCCACCACAGCAUAUAAGGCUCCAAGGAGGCCUCGGGACAUUGCUGCUGUUGCUUUGCCGGUGAGUCUUGGGGAGGACCGCUCCCCCUUGAAGCCCAUUUUCCACCUUGGGCCUGGGGGCGGGCCCCAUACUCGCCUCCGCAGCUUAUGGGGCUCCAGGGAGGCCUCGGGUGUGUGGGGUGGGGUGGGUGUUUAGUUGGGUGUGGGAAUUUGUUUAAUUUAAUUAUGUUGUGUUUGUAACUUUGUUUUUUGUUUUUAUAGUUUUAUUGUUCUGUUAGUUUGAUUUUUGUAUAGGCUUUAAUUUGAUUUUAAGGGGAGGGGUCAGGGCUGCCUGGGAGUGGGUCCCAGCAAACAAAAUGGCUGGGGCAGGUUCCACAGGGGGGGAUGCACUCGGACAACCGAUCUCAGUGAUCACGGGUAGGAGGAGGAGUUACGCUAAGACCAGACCAUGUCAUUACCGAGGAAGCAGGCUUAGUCGUUGUUUGAGGACUAUCCCUGCCUCCAGGUCUGGUCCUGACCGGAAGGAUACUGGAAUCAACAAGGGAAACCCACAUGACCUGAAAGUGUUGCUGUGCAAUGCCAGGUCAAUGAUGAAUAAAACCUCUGCCAUCCACGACCUGAUUGUGGAUGGAGGAUUUGACCUGGCAUGUGUGACAGAGACCUGGUUGGAUGAAGCAGAUGGGCCCGUCCUUGCCGCUGCUUGUCCACCAGGUUUCUCUUACGCACAGCAACCCAGGCCUUGUGGGCGGGGAGGGGGGGUUGCAGUGAUUUUUAGGAAGUCAUUAGUUUGCACCAGGCGUCCUAUUGGAAAGACCCAGUUCUCUGAGUGCAUGUUCUGGAAGUUGGGCAAUAGGGGCAGUACAGGAUUCCUAUUGGUGUACCGACCUCCCCGCUGCACCAAGGAUUCCCUGCCCGAGCUGCUUCAGGUCGUGGCGGAUGUCCUCCUGGAGACACCUAGUUUGGUUGUCCUAGGGGACUUUAACAUCCAUGCCGACACGACCUUACAAGGGGCCGCUCGGGACUUCGUGGAAAGCAUGGCCUCCAUGGGGCUGUCCCUGAAUAAGUCUGGCCCAACUCAUAGCCACGGGCAUGCCUUAGACCUGGUGUUCACCUCUAUGGAUGUUGGUGAUCUGACAUUAAGUAAAAGCGAAACCAAAGAAGUGCCAUGGUCAGAUCACUUCCUGGUGCAACUGGACUUCUCCGUGACCCUUCCCCUCUGCAGGGAGGCGGGACCGAUUCAGAUGGUCCGCCCCCGCCACUUAAUGGAUCCAAAUGGUUUCCAGAGAGUGGUAGGGGAUGUUUUAUCCCAUGUUGAUGGCCUUUCAGCUGAUUCCCUGGUGGCCCGCUGGAAUGUGGAGUUAACCAGGGCUAUUGACUGUUUGGCUCCAAAGCGCCCUCUCCGAUUGCAUGGAGUCCGGACAGCCCCGUGGUUUUCCACGGAUCUGAGGGCAAUGAAACAAUCGUUGAGACGGCUAGAGCGCCGGUGGCGGAUAACCCAUUCUGAAUCUGACCGGACACGGGUUAGAGCUCAAUGUCGAGCCUACCAAGUGGCGAUAGCGACGGCGAAGAAGACUUUCUUCACCGCCUCUAUUGCAUCUGCGGAAAACAGCAGCAGGAGACUCUUUCAGGUGGUUCGCAAUUUAGCGGAACCACCUGCUCCAUCAGGGCCCAGUAGCGGCCACAUGAUCUCCUGCAAUGACUUUGCAAAGUUUUUUGCAGAUAAAGUUGCUCAGAUUCGAGAAGAGGUAGACUCCACCGUGGGAGCAGGGCCGGGGCGGGAGAGUGCUAGAGUCCUGUCUAGUCAAGUUGUGUGGGAUCAAUUCCAAUCUGUUACCCCCGAGGAUGUGGACAGGCUGCUUGGACGAGUGAAACCAACCACUUGCCUCCUUGAUCCUUGCCCAUCCUGGCUUAUAAAAGCUAGCCGGGAAGGACUGGGCGAUGGGCUUCGUGGGGUGGUGAAUGCUUCCCUCCGUGAGGAGCCUUCCCAGACCCGCUGAAAGAGGCGGUUAUUAAACCGCUUCUUAAAAAACCAUCUUUAGAUGCGGCCACGAUAGCCAACUAUCGCCCAGUCUCAAAUCUUCCAUUCUUGGGCAAGGUGAUUGAGCGAGUGGUUGCUGAACAACUCCAGGCACGCCUGGAAGAAGCGGACCAUUUGGAUCCCUUCCAGUCGGGAUUCAGGCCUCAUCAUGGGACUGAAACUGCCUUGGUCGCACUGGUUGAUGAUCUCCGGCGGGCUAGGGACAAAGGUGAGAGCUGUUUCCUAGUUCUGCUGGAUCUCUCAGCGGCGUUUGAUACCAUCGACCAUAACAUCCUUCUGGACCGUCUUGAGGGGCUGGGAGCUGGGGGCACUGUUAUACAGUGGUUCCGCUCCUUCCUCCUGGGCCGUGUUCAGAAAGUGGUGGUGGGGGAUGAGUGUUCAGACCCCUGGGCCCUCACUUGUGGGGUGCCUCAGGGUUCUGUCCUCUCCCCCAUGCUUUUCAACAUCUACAUGAAGCCGCUGGGAGAGAUCAUCAGGGGAUUUGGGCUGGGUGUUCAUCAGUAUGCAGAUGAUACCCAGCUCUACCUCUCUUUCAAAUCAGAACCAGUGAAGGCAGUGAAGGUCCUGUGUGAGUGCCUGGAGGCGGUUGGAGGUUGGAUGGCGGCUAACAGAUUGAGGUUGAAUCCUGACAAGACAGAAGUACUGUUUUUGGGGACAGGAGGCGGGCAGGUGUGGAGGAUUCCCUGGUCCUGAAUGGGGUAACUGUGCCCCUGAAGGACCAGGUGCGCAGCCUGGGAGUCAUUUUGGACUCACAGCUGUCCAUGGAGGCACAGGUCAGAUCUGUGUCCAGGGCAGCUGUUUACCAGCUCCAUCUGGUACGCAGGCUGAGACCCUAUCUGCCUGCGGACUGCCUCGCCAGAGUGGUGCAUGCUCUGGUUAUCUCCCGCUUGGAUUACUGCAAUGCGCUCUACGUGGGGCUACCUUUGAAGGUGACCCGGAAACUACAACUAAUCCAGAACGCGGCAGCUAGACUGGUGACUGGGAGCGGCCGCUGAGACCACAUAACACCGGUCUUGAAAGACCUACAUUGGCUCCCAGUACGUUUCCGAGCACAAUUCAAAGUGUUGGUGCUGACCUUUAAAGCCCUAAACGGCCUUGGUCCAGUAUACCUGAAGGAGCGUCUCCACCCCCAUCGUUCUACCCGGACACUGAGGUCCAGCACCGAGGGCCUUCUGGCGGUUCCCUCACUGCGAGAAGCCAAGUUACAGGGAACCAGGCAGAGGGCCUUCUCGGUAGUGGCGCCUUCCCUGUGGAACACCCUCCCACCAGAUGUCAAAGAGAACAACAACUACCAGGCUUUUAGAAGACAUCUGAAGGCAGCCCUGUUUCGGGAAGCUUUUAAUGUUUGAUGUAUUAUAGUAUUUUAAUAUUAUUUUGGAAGCCGCCCAGAGUGGCCGGGGAAGCCCAGCCAGAUGGGCGGGGUAUAAAUAAUAAAUUAUUAUUAUUAUUAUUAUUAUUAUUAUUAUUAUUAUUAUCUCUAAAGUCUGCUGGGAUUUCUUCUCUUUCCCAGAUUAUUUCGAUGAGCUUGUGAAGUUGUUGUGUAAAUUUAAUUCCGCCCUCUUUGAAGACUUCGGCAGGUAUCCCAUCAGGUCUGCUGUCUUUGUUGUUUUUCAUUUGGUUAAUAGCUGUACACAGCUCUCCCAGAUUUGGAGAUACCCCAAGCUCAUCUCUAACUUGUUUUGGGGGAAUUUGUGAGAGGACCCCAGCAGCUACAGGGGAGUGGGGGCGGGUCAGGUAAGCCCCUCCCUGAUGACAUGAGGUGGCGUGUACACCCACCCUCUGAACGGCAAUGCCCGUUAACUUGCGCCCCCCCCCAUAUAUUUUAACGGGCCCCCCCUAAGACCCCUCGGCCCGGCUCCUCAGAUGUUCUGACGGCAGAAUCGGGAGGCCGCCCCUGAAUCCCUGAGGCGCCUCCUGAGGAGAAAACGGCCUCGCCUCGCGCCCGCCCGUUCCCGCCUCAGACAGGCGGAGACGCUCCCGCCCCCUCCCCCCCCCCCGCCUGCUCUCUCUCGCGCGGCCCGGCCCCUCCCCGGCGCCUGCGCAGUACCCGCCCCGACGCUGCUCCCUCCUGCCGCCGUUUGUUAUUAUUGUGGGUCGCGCGGCGUCGGUUCUCCUCAGCGGCAUCGAUGGCGGCCGGGCAAGGCGGAGGCACCACGGGCGGCGGCGGAGGCGGCGGAGCAGGGGGCUCCGGGCCCAGCUCGGGCCCCGCCGGCCCUCCGCCCUCGUCCCCGCUGUCCCUGCCGCCCCUUCCCCCGCCGCCCCCGCCGCUGCCUCUCCCUCCGCCGCCGCCGCCGCCCUGCUCGGAGGCUGGGCCUGCCGGGCUCGGGGUUCUUCGGGCUGCCGGCGCACCUCACGCUCUCGUACCCGGGCACGGGGCCGGCCUGGGCGGCGGGCGGCGGAGGCGCUUCGGGCGGAGGCGGCGGCGCCUCGUCGUCCGCGUCGUCUUCGUCGUCGUCCUCCCCGGCGCCUCCCUCGGGCCGCAGCCUGGAAAAGGCCCUGGAGGAAGCCGGCAGCUCCGGCAUCCUCUGCCUCAGCGGCAGGAAGCUCCGGGAGUUCCCGCAAGCCUCCGGAGCAGCGCCCGGGGCCGCCGCCUACGACCUCAGCGACACCACCCAGGCCGGUGAGGAAAGACAGGUGGGGCGGGGUGGGGGCGAGGUCUGUGCGUGAGAGAGAGGGGAGCAGGGCUCUCUCUUGGGCAGGGGGUGUCCCUUGGCAGAAGGGGCGCGCAGGAGAAGGGCGCGGGAAGGGUGGGCGGCCGAGUGAGGGGUGCGAGGGGAGGGGGAGUUUUCGGAUGAAUGAAUGGGUGGAAUGGAGGGGGGACAAGAAGACGACGAGCCAGCGGGGAGGGGGGGGAGAUGAAGGUGACGGAUGUGGGAUGGGGGGGGUGUCGGUCGUUGCAUGGAGUGGGGGUCGCCGUGGAGUGGGCUGAUUUUGGGCCAGUCACUCAGCCUCACCUGCCUCGCAGGGUUGCGAGGUUGUAAAAUGGGGAGGAGGAGAGCACUGCACUCAGCUGUCAUCUGAGGGCAGUCAUUCCACCAGGCUUCCUCAGUGCCACAUUGGAGUUUUCUUGUGUUACAUUUCCCUCUUCCCUCCUUUCCCCCCUUGUAUGCUGUAUUUUUGUUCGUUUGUUUGUUAGAAUGUAAGCCUGCUGGGAGAGAGCGUCUUGUAUGUAAGCUGCUCUGGUAGCCUUUUUUGGCAGACGAAUUGGGGGUGCAAGUGCUCCAAAUAAUGAAUGAAUGAAUGUGUAUGUGCUACUUUGAGCUUGCUGGGGGAAAGGUGGGCUAUACAGUGGUACCUCGCGUUACAGACGCUUCAGAUUACAGACACUUCAGGUUACAGACUCCGCUAACCCAGAAAUAGUACCUCGGGUUAAGAACUUUGCUUCAGGAUGAGAACAGAAAUUGCGACGCCACAGCGCAGCGGCAGCGGGAGGCCCCAUUUGCUAAAGUGGUGGUUCAGGUUAAGAACAGUUUCUGGUUAAGAACAGACCUCCAGAAUGAAUUAAGUACAUAACCUGAGGUACCACUGUAAAUGCAAUCAGUCAAUGAAGAGGAUGCAUCAGACAUGAGGGAAAGAUUAAAAAAAAGAGUUGAAGGGAGAAGAGUUGGGGGCUUGUGGUUGGAGAGGUGCCUGCAUGCAAGGAGAGGGGAUUGCAAAAAAGGAAGGAUGGAAAGGAAUGGAAAUGGUGUGUGUUUGUGUGUGAAUGAGUGAAGAUGGAAGCAGGGUUUGUAUAAAAGGGUACAGGCUUCAGAAAUGGUAUUUGUGAUUUAGGGGUUUGCUAUGGGGGCAGCUAGAGCUGGUUGCAGAAAAUGUUGCUGGAGGUGGAAAAGGGGAAGUGGGAGGAGGCUUGUGUACAUUAAGGGAGAGGCGGCCGCUGCUGAGGAAGGUGAAGGUGACAAGGGGGGAGUUGUUGCAAGUAGGGGGGCUGGGGAAGAUCCAGGCCCUGGGGAAGAUCCAGGAAGAUCCAUGAGGAUGAGGGUGCUAUGUGCAAGGAAGGUGUUGGGGAUGCUUGGGGAAGGAGCAGCGUAUGAAGGGGAGGGGGGCUGAAUUGGCUUUAUUGUUUGCUUCUGCAGGAGAAGAAACUAGGGUGGCAGAGGGCUGUGCUGCCAAGGGUGGGGAGGAAGCUUGUAAAGGGGAAUCCAUUUUUCUCUUUAGGAGAAGAAGUUAAAGAGAGAGGGGGUUGAGUAAUGGAUGCUGACUUGAGAAAAGUGGUGUUUUGGGGAGCAAGGUCAAAGCUGCCUUUCUGUGACUGAGUAUGAUGGAAGGGUGACAGGAUUAGCAUGUGGCUGGAUUACAGGGCUAGGGGCCUAGUUUAUUUGUUUACUUUUCAGGAGAGGUUUAUUUGUUUACUUUUCAGGAGAUGGUUUGGAGCAAUUUAAAAUCUAUCACAAAGGUACCAUGUAGGAUGCAUGGGAUGUUGGGCUGCUAGGUUAGGCCUGCCCUGCUGAUAGAGCUGCAGUGGGAGGCAGGAGCAUACCUGCGGGGCUGGCAUUGUUGCAGGGAGACAAGGUGUGUGUGGCGGGGUGACAUUGUGGGGAUGUGAGGACAAGGUUGGAUUGAGAGUGGAGCAAGAUAUUGUACAGCUUGUGGUAUGUUGUUGGGAUUAGAGCUUCACUUUUGAAGCACAGGGCAGGGGGAUGGGGCUGCAUUGAGAAGUAUGUGUGGGGAAUGCGAUAAUGGAUUUGGGGGUAGAGAGGAAAAAAGAGGAGUGCAGCUUGCUGCCAGAAGGAGGGCUGGCCUGAAAUGUCGCACAGCAUUUGAGAAGAAGUUCAUUGUAGCAGCACAAGAUGGAGAGGCUGUGGGGUGGGUUGAUAUUCUUUUGUAGUGGAUGCACAAGGUAUGUGGGAGUGGGUGGGGGAUGGGGUUUCAUGGGAGAAAAAACCCUGGUACUUUGUGGAUUAAGGUUAGGGUUAAUCCAAAAUGCUACAGCGUUGCUACAGGGAUGCUACAGUGAGAUAGAUUGCAACUAAGACUUUGCCAGAGAGAGAUUCUCUCUCUCUCUCUCUCUCUCUCUCUCUCUCUCUCUCUCUGUGUGUACGCACGCUCACGUGUGUGUAAAUGGGAUAGGAACUGGGUGCACUGCAGUUGCAAGGUGAAGCUUUGAGGCACAAGGAUAGGUUGAGAGAAGGGUUGGGGAAUUAGCAUAAUAGGGAUUAGGUUAGUUGGUUAGACUUGCAAGAGAAAAAAGAAACUGGAUGAUAGGUGUGAUUGUAGGAGAAUCAUGACAGAUUAGUGUCUUGAGUGUGGAAUGUGAGAUACAAGUGACUGCUUUUAAUGGGUUGCUUCUUUUAUAAAUGAUUUGUUUGACUGGGGACUGGCUUGAUGUUUAAAUAUGCUAAUCCAGAGAGGUACAAUGCCACAAUGCUUCUAGAACAUUAAGAAAUACACAUGCUGUGGUUUUGUUUAUAAAUACAAGCAAAGCAGCAUAUUGGCUAUAUAUAGAUACUUAUUAAAUUAUAAUGCAGAGUUCUUAUUUGAGGCACUCUUGGGACCAAUGUAAAUUUAAUGGGAUUCAUAAGCUUCAGGAGUAGUCUUGUAGGACUAUCCAUCAGAGCUGUAAACAUUUAUGAAAUCUUGCUUGGUAUUCUUCCAUUUCUCAAAACUGAACAUUAAUGAUAGCUUGGAGAUUGAGAUGGUGGCUUAGAGUGCAGAGUUAGAUAAUUGAUUUAUCAUUCUGUAUGCAAGACUACAGCACCUGUGACUAUUCUGUGAUCCCAUGGUCACUGUUGAGUCCUCAUUCUCCAUUAAUCUCUGUUGAGGGCUGCAUUUGGGAUCUCUGUUAAGUUCUCUAUUUAUUGGAAGGAGAAAAUCUGGAAGGGCAGGUGUGAAAUUGGACAGUAUUUUGGAGUAAUAACUGUUGAGUUUGUUUACCCAUUGCAUAUAAAUUUUAGUUGCCUUAGAAACAGUACAAUUAAAGCAAGAGAUAAAAUUAAUGAAUGUCUCCUGCCUAUAAACAGAUUCUACUUAAGUAUAUUGAACACACUAAGAUCAUUACUAUAUAUGGUGCUAUCAGUAUUCUUCAAUAUAAAGAUCUUCUGUAUAAAAUGUCUGACAUAUAGCAAAGCAUAGGUCCCCUAAAGAAGUUCAUUAACUUGGCACAUACAUAGUUAAUAUGCCAAGAUGUUUAGUAUUAAUAAUAGGUGGUUUGUGAAUAACUGUUGUUAAUAACAUUAUCACUGUUAGUACUUUCUGCAUUUCAUUUCCUUGCUAUUUUCAAUCCUCUCAGCUUUGUGUGGACUCUAGGCCAGGCAUGGGGAAUCUCUGGCCUGUGGGCCUAAUUAGAUAUAGUCAGGGUCGUUAUUUGAUCUACAAGACCCCCCCCCCCUGCAAUUCAUGCUCUCCUACCCUGCACCUGAUGUCAUAUAUGAGGCCAGGUGUGGGGCAGGUAAGGACCCUGCUCCCUACUUAAAGCGAAGUUGGCAGGCACUGCUGAUCAGCUGGUUCAUGGCACUUAAAAAGCUUUGUGUCUUUGCCCUACAUCAAAGAAAAACUUCAUCUGACAUAAUAGUGACAUUCAGGGAAUUGACAGGUAGCUGGGGUCACCUACCUGUCAAAAUGGUCUCUGCGGAAAGAUCCCUACUCCUGCCGUGGUCCAUGAAAGCUAUUAUUCCUCAAUAAAUUUGUUAGGUUUUAAGGUGCCUCAUUACUAAUUUUUCUUUAUACAACAAUGCAUGUAGACAAUGACAUCUUAAUCAUGUACAGUUAACAUGUCAGGAAGUGAUAAUCUGCUUUUUUAAAAUCAAAGACCAUCUUGACAGUGAGUCCUUGAAGGCUUGCUCCCUGUCUUGCAAGCCUUUCCUGGCCUGGGAGGGUGGGGCCCUGAAUGACUCCAGCUAUGAAAGCUGAGACUGCUGAACAGAAUCUUGGGCUAGAGCAGGGGUCAGCAAACUUUUUAAGCAGGGGGCCAGUCCACUGUCCCUCAAGCCUUGGGGGCAGGGGCGGACUAUAAUUUGAAGGGGGAAAAAGAAAAAAUUCCUAUGCCCCACAAAUAAUCUAGAAAUGCAUUUUAAAUAAAAGGACACAUUCUACUUUUGUAAAAACACACUGAUUCCUGGACUGUCCGUAGGCCGGAUUUAGAAGGCGAUUGGGCCGGAUCCGGCCCUCGGGCCUUAGUUUGCCUACCCACGGGCUAGAGAAUUGUUUAGGAUUUUGUUGGGAGGGGGCUAUUGCUGUUGUUGCUCUUAAUUUUUUUUUUAUCUUUAUUUUGGAUCUUAUGGUUUAUGUGGAAUUGGUCCAGUUUGGUUGUGUACUUUUUGAUUAUAUGUUUAUGACUACUUUUGUUUGUUGGUAGUUACGUUAUUUUGAAUAUAUUGAGUAUAGUCUAAAAUUUGGAAAGACGGCUUACAAAUAAAACGAUUGAUUUUACCUGGCUUUAGCAGUGUUAAAGUAAGAAAACGUAAUGAAAUUUAUAUUAAUGAGACCCUCUCAGUCAAAAUCUCACAAAAUUUUAUUUAAAGCUCUUUGUCAGAGAAAACAAGUGCAGGGGCGGGGAGCAAAUUUGAAAGCAGCAAUAAAAUGUCCACCCUGGUUUCUUGGUUGUAUUUUGUGUAGGCUGCUUUACCUUAAAGGAGCUGCUGGUUUACCUUUCAAGCUUCAAUACUCUUGAGUUACGAAAGUUUUAAGUGUUUCACCUACCAUUUUAUAAUGUAGGGUACAGCAGUCCAAACCCUCUUUGAGGGUGGGGGUGGCAUUUGUACUUCGGAUUGGGCAGAAUGAUACUGCCCUUCUCUUCUAGCCUCUGCCUGCAGGUUGUUGCCAGUGUAACUCAGCCAGCAUGGAACGCAUUCUUGUGCUGCAUAAGCAGAAGUGCCAUUGGCAGGUUCUCUGCUGGAUCCUGAGCUGGUCCUGCUGUUGUCACAUUGGGCUGAUUCAGGGACCAUUCCUGCACCAGCUCCAAGCUAGCCCAGCAAUUUGCAACCCCCGUGUGUGUGUGUGACAAUGCUGUACGUAUAGCUGUGGUUCCGAUGUUCAUUUAAGCCUCCCUCCACCCUCAGCAACCUAGGUUAGGAUCACACCCUUUGAUUUGUACUAGUUCAACUUUGUUGUGGAGUGGCAGGGUUGGGCAUUUUCUUGACCAAAAAGAUUUGAUUGAUUGGUCAAAUUGAUAAUUUUUUUAAAAAACAACAACCCCAGAAACUUUAUUGCAGUAGUAGAAAAUGUACUUUAAUAAUCACAUUAGAUAAUUACAAAUUUUGUUUUACAUAAGUUAACUGUAAGAUACACUAAAAAUAUAGAAAGGGUUGAGAGCAUAUAUGAAACUGCUAUUAAAUAAAUUAGCAGAUACUUAGCUUGCAAAAACUUGGCAAAAGACAGCCAAGGAAAGGGUUGUCCUUGUUUCACAAGGCCAAGUAGGAGGGACACAGAGAAGGGCAUCUCUUUCUGAUCUUAGGAAGAGCAUAGAAUGAUAAGGGAAUAGGUAUAUUAUCAAUUUUCCUGGACCCAGGCCAUAUAGGGUUUCUAAAGCAGUCACAACCACUUUUAGGGGUGCCCAGAAGAAAAUGGGCAACCAGUGCAGGUGUUGCAACAUAGGUAUAACAUGCUCCCAUUGGUGCAUGUCAGUAACAUGGUUGGUUUUGUUUUCUGGACCAAUAGCACAUCCCAAAUACUUUUUAAAGUAUGAAAUAAUUGCAGAAUAUUAUUAUCUUUGACUUUUAUCCUGACACAUCAGGCUCAGCAAAGUAACAGCAACAAAUAAGGGUUUAUAAUCUUUUAAAAGGCAGAAGUGUCAGGACUGAAGCUGGUUAAAGAUCUUGGCUUGUUCUAUCUUGGCAAGCAUAGUUUCCUGACUUGGACAUAACGGGAUGCUGAUUUUUGAUUAAAGACUUCCUGGAUUAAUCACAGUAUGCUGAGGAGGGUUGAGGUGGCAAAAGAACAGAAUAUGUGGACACAAGGCUCAUAUUAGGUCACUAUAUGUAUUUCAUAACGGGGUCACUCCCUGGUUCUGCAGUAACCCAGGACUGCUCUCUUAAGCAGGAGAAGUUGUGGAGAACAAAUGACACUGUGUUCUGUUGUGAGAAGGGUGUGCAUCUUUCCCCUGAAUUUUUCCAGGAUAUUCCAUAUUUCAUGAAUACAUUUUUAUUAAAAUAGGGCAUAAAUCCUUAAGGUAGAGUCCAGCAGAAUGUGAAAGCCUCAGCUUAUUAUACAGGCAGAUACACUGAGUUCAUGUUCUCCCUGUUUCUUGUUUAACAGGAAUAGAAUGUGGCUUCCUGAGUACUGCUUUUUAAAACUAGGCUUAUAACAUUCAUAAUUGCAAAGAGAAAAAAUGUGAUGCGUGGGCGAUGUUGGCUUAGGGCGCAAGGAGCAAAAUGUAGCUUGGGCUGCCCAUGGUUAGAGGGCUCUUGAAAUGAAGUGAUGAAAUAUAAUUUAACGAUGCAUCUUGCAUGUUUUGGAUGCCAAAACUUGAAAGUUAUUUCAUUUGCUUUUUGUUUGGAGGAUUGCCCCGCUUGUGAGAUGUGCCAGGAGAAAUAAGUUCAAAUAAACCUCUUCAGAGCCUUGUAUGGCAGUCAUGGGGUUUUGAGGCUUGGAAUCCUCUUCAGUGCUGCAGACACUUGACUAGUUACCCUCAGUCUUGUCAGCUAUCAAUAGCAAACUAUAUAAUUGUUAAAUAAAUAAUCUUAAGUAUUUUCUUUUCACUCUGGAACAUGCAAAAGAAUGGGGGUAAGCCGCAACCAUAUGAGAAGAAAAAUCUGGACUCCUGCCAUUAAGAAAAACAGACUAAAUUCCAUGCUUACACUGUAUUCAGCAGCAGCUUCAGAGAUAAACUAGAUCUGUAGUCUUUAACUUUUUCAAACUUAGGAAUCUUCUUCAAACCAAACAUGUAUUUGGAGACCUUCUGCCAUUUAUUUGCAUGAUGGUAGUGCUGUUGUAACUCUCUUUAAAUCAGGCCGUGAUGCAGUAGUGCAGAGGUCGGCAAGGCUUACCAGGCAUGGGCCGGAUCAUUCCUGCGGAGAUCUUCCAUGGGCCGGACCGGUGCAGCUUGACACCGGAAAUCACAUCUGCGCAUGGCUGUGGCGUCAGAAAUCGCUUCUAUGCAUGCCCAGAUGCCAAAAAUUGCACCUGCGCAGAAGCGAUUUUCGUUAUCUGGGCAUGUGCAGAAGCGAUUUCCGGUGCCGCAGACAUGCACAGAUGCAAUUACCGGCGUCUGGGCAUGCGCAGAAGCGAUUUCUGGAGCUGCAGAAGAGAGUCCCUGUGCCACGCUGUGCCAGUUUAGCGCUGCGUGCGGGGACUUGCUGAGCAGGCGGCUCGGUUCAGGGGUGGCUCUUGGGCUGGUUAAACAGCCUCCAUGGGCUGCUUCCGGCCCAUGGGCCUUAGAUUGCCUAACCCUGCAGUCGUGGUCCCAACCCAACAGUUAAAGGCCACUAAUCUAUACUACUCCCCCCCUUUUCUUUUUCUCUUUCCCCAUAAAAUUCUAUUAAAGCUUUUUCAUAGUACAAUAAGAUACAAGAAACAAAUCUAGAUAGAAACAAAAACAGAAAUAAAAAGAAUCCCUGACUCUCACACAGGGUCUUUCAUUAGCCAUCUAUUACCUUCACGUGUAUACAGCCCCUUCAGUGACCCAGAGUAGAGGACACACACACAUACAGUGGUACCUCGGGUUACAGACGCUUCAGGUUACAGACGCUUCAGGUUACAGACUCCGCUAACCCAGAAAUAGUACCUCGGGUUAAGAACUUUGCUUCAGGAUGAGAACAGAAAUCGCGCGGCAGCGGCACGGUGGCAGUGGGAGGCCCCAUUAGCUAAAGUGGUGCUUCAGGUUAAGAACAGUUUCAGGUUAAGAACGGACCUCUAGAACGAAUUAAGUUCUUAACCCGAGGUACCACCCGAGGUACCACUGUAUACAGUUUUCCACCAGCACCAUGCAGUACUUCCAGUCCCACCUCAGAUAAUCGUAUCAAAAGCUACCAAGAAGCCCCGGUGAAUUAACAACUCCCCUUUUCUUUCUCAUGACAUUAGUCAUCCUUCAGGGCUUUGCGCAAGUACUCUUUAGUUGCUGUCCUGCCAAUCCUGUUGUUGUUUUGUGCCAUCUUUCAAAGGAACACUUUGAGGUUAUAUAACACGUUUCUCCCUGCAUUAAUAAAAUAAUAAUAAUAUCCAUUUAUGUCUUUGUUCAGUGGACCUUAAACCCUCCUUCCUCUUUGUGAACAAUUAAGGCAAAGGUUUUAGUCAUGAUUUACUUUCAUCUGCUGAGAAGUAGUACAAUUUGUGCCCCAGAAGGCUGGAUCCUCACGUCUGGCCCAAGGCCAGACGUGAGGAUCCAGCCUUCUGGGGCACUAAUUGUUUAGAUUGUUUAGAUUCUUUCUCCUUCCCCCAGCCUUCUGGGGCACUAAUUGUUUAGAUUGUUUAGAUUCUUUCUCCUUAUUUGAAAUAUUAAUGGAAUUCUUAAAUUCUUUCUCCUUAUUUGAAAUAUUAAUGGAAUUCAGACCGCUGGUGGCCGUUGAAUAGCAUUUCAUUUUCUAGUACCUUUUUCUGUUAAGGAGCCUUCUUGGGGAUCAUGUUCACAUUAAUUAUGUUCUGCUGGGUCUUUUAGUUGGUUUCUCUAACUCGUAUUCUUUGGCAAAUUACUGGCAAAUAAACUGUUCCAUUAUCAGCCUCCUUAGGUAUAAUGGCCCUCAUUAGGUAUAAUGCCCAGACAGACUUUUGCCAGAACUGUGCCUAUUAGAAGCACUAAGAAGUUUUGCUAAGGUCUUUCCGAGGCAUGUUGCCUUUCUAUAAAAACGUUGGGUGUGGUAAUGUUCUUUUUGUAAGAUUAGGCAUAGCAACACCACGGACUUGGAAAAGCCAAAUAUGUUAUUGUGAUAGCCAGCAUUUUACUACAAAGGUUCUUGACAUAUUUUGAGUAUAGCCUAGCAAACCAAAAGUAUGUAAGAUUCCCUUAAGUAUUGUUUUUUUCAGAGAGGGGAGAAAGAAAACCAGUAUAAUCUUUAUACUGUAUGGUACAGUUUUAUUAAAUAUACAAAUGAAAGAACAAAUGAAAUACCCACAACAUAUAUUGCAAUAUGGUAUAUUGCAAUACCCUUUAGUUCACUUCUAUUAUUUGUGUUUUCCAAGUUGAUUGACUGAAGAAUCCAUAGAACUGGUUUACUGUAGUUACUUCAUUAUUAUGUAUUUUUAAAUGAUAUAUUUUGUAUUUAAGUCCCCCCUAUAAUUCACUUCUUGUCAGUUAAGUCAUGUUUUAUUAUUUAUGUUUGGACAAAUUUGUAAAUAUGUCAAUAAAAUUUGUCAAUAAAAUAUAAUUUAUGCUGGUUUUGGCAGUGGUGCAAGGGAGAUGCCUUCAGUAACAGCAACAAUAGAACCUGGCAUUAUGGGCUUUUUCUUGAGAUUAGUUGAAUCACUGACAUGGUGCUUACAUACUAGUAUCUCCCCACCCCCACCCCCCUUACAUAGAAACAUAAGCCCUAUCCCUUAGCAACAAGAAAAUAUAAUUUCCCUUCUUUGAAAACGAAUUAAUAUCUUUCUCUGACAUUGCAACUGAGUAUUGUGAAAAUGACAGAUGUCAACAAAUGAACUAUUACGGCUUCAGUCUGAGCAUAAGCACAUAGAAUAGAUCAUUAUUCAAGGUCCUUCUGUUCUGGUCCAGGGUAGAUAAGCCAGCAAAGAAAUAGACAGAUUUUUCAAAUGUGAGUUCUUCCAAUUCUUUAGGAAUGAACAGUGCUGGAUGACAAGAAGCCUCAGAUUUAGUUGUGUACUUCCCGCUACAAGAAUGUCUGUGUUUGAAAGUGCCCUCUUGACCCAAACAUAGUGUUCACCAAAUGCCAUGAGAAUCUACUGCAGCACCGGCAGGAAAAAACAACCAGCCAGCCAGAGCAGGGAUGAGGGUGGGAGGUGGAUGAACCACCAAAUCCAGAACCUUGUCGGGCUCUUGCCACCAAGGUGGAAGUUGUGGGGAGGGAAUUUUUAUUCUUCCCCUGUUUCUUUCUUUGUUUUAAAUAGAUUUUAUUCUUGUUGGGGCUAAUGAGGAGGAAAAUCUGUAUGUUGAUCUCAGGGCCAACAUACUUCCCCAACAUUCUAGGACUAUUUUGAGAGAAUGAGGGGGAUUUGGAACCCCAAUCCUAAAUGGCCCAUUUUUGCCCUUUCCACCAUUGGAGCUCUAAAUGCCGGGAAGCACCAGCAAUGGUUCAUUCCAUGUUGGCAGGAAAUGAGUUUCCAAGGGCAUCCCCUUCUCUACCUGAAGAGGGUGAGAUCUGUAGUAUCCCAUGGCUCCUAUGGUGGAGUGUUAGAAAAUCAUUCAUAUAUCUAUUGCCAAACAGCACCUUAAACCUGGGUUACGGUCGCCAGUGAAAUUUCUUACUAUAAUUAAUUUCAUUCCUAUACUGCUUUAUAUUUUAAAGUGAGAAAAAAAUCUCAAGGCAGUUUACAACACAUAAAAACAUCAAAUUAAAAAAUCCAGAAUAAAACAAAUUCAGGCUUCAAGGAGAAUAUUUCAGAUCCUUCUCUAAGUGACAUUUUGCUUUCUCCGUAUUUAUUUAUUUACCUACUAAAUUUAUAUGGCUGCCCCAUAGCAGAAGUACUCAAGGUACCCAAUGUGGUGCAGUUGUUAGAGUGUUGGAUUUAGACCUGGGAGAUUAGGGUUCAAAUCCCCAUGCAGUCAUAAAGCUCACUGGCUGACCUUAGGCCAGUCACAGCAUCUUAACCUCACAGGGUCAUUGUAGGGUUUAACCAAGGAGCGGGGUGAACUUGUACUUCUUGGAUGAAUAGGUGGGAUGUAAAUGCUAUAAAUAAGCCCUUCUGCUUACCUGCUUAAGAAAGCUGGAGGGGCCUGCCAGAUGGGAUGUCAGUUGCCAACCUGGCACCCAGAGAUCUUCAUGUCACAAUUGGACUUGCACCAGUUGCAAAACACACCUGGCGCUUGAGGAAUUUCGAACACUGCUAGGAUGCUCUCCUAAAGACUAUACAAUUGUGCCCAAAACUUCCUCUUUCUUCCAGCAGUAUGAGGAAGCCAUGAAUGCCAGGCAUACUAUAAUGUAUAGCUAUUUUAUUAUUAUUAUUAGUAGUAGUAGUAGUAGUAAUAGUAUAACAUAACAUCUUUCAUCUGACGAUCCCGGGAUGGUUCACAACAGAAAAAACUUCAACCCCUUCAUACUAUAGAAGCUUUUCAAUAGGACUUGUACCCUUCGUUUGGAACCAAGUUAUAUUUGUUUACCAUUAAAAUAUCAGAUUCGGGGAAUGAUAGGUACAUGCCUCUCAUCCCUUAUUGUGGAUAACCAAUCUUCUGCGCAGUCUUCAAUAGGGUUUAUGUGUUGCCAGACCCACUAGUGACUUAAGAUUCUUUCUUGAGCGUUCUUUUUAACCCUCAUUAAAGAGCAAAGAAAUGGACUCAAGGUAAGCAAACUGUGUGUGGCACUGUUUUUCUGUAGCAGCCUCAAAAGACUUUAUCUAAAAUGAAUAAAAAAGUACCAUAUUGAUUCUUCCGGAAGGGUAAAACUUCACCUCAACUCACCCCUCUGCCUUUCCCCUGCAACUGAAUAGCAAACUUGCUUUACAUCAUAACAAGUCUUUGCUAGAGCAGUAUAUAAACUCUGAUAAAGAUUGCCAGAUCAUAUUUCUAGGCUAAGCUAAUCAUCACUUGACAAAUAGCCAAGCUUUACAAGAAAUGGAAUUCAGCAGGGCAUAACUACCUGCUUAAGAACAGAAACUCCUCUUUGAUGACUUCCUUGGAAUUUACACUAUGUUCAGCAUAUUGCAAGUUUUUUAAUAACUGAAAGAUAGGAUUAGUAUCGAAAAGAAUAUGGUCUGUAGGUCAAUAUGCAAAGCAGGAUACUCCUUAGUGCACAUCUAUGAUGACCACCUUAAAUGCAGCAAUAUCUUUUCUUCCUUCAGUUUGAAUGGAUUUCUUUAGCGGCCCAAUCCUGAUCUGUGGCUUUGACAACUUGGAAAGAUAUACAGUGGAACUUUUCAGUUUGAGUGAUAAGCAAGCAGCAUAUUUUGACAUAAUGUGUGUGUGUGUGUGUGUGUGUGUGUGUGUGUUCAUGCUCUGAAACUCCAAACCAUGGAUUGUUCCAUGGAUGUGUUUUAUUUUAUUUUAUUUCAAAUUUUUUAUUGAUUUUCACAAAAUUAUAAACAAACAAACAUAAAUCAUAACCUUAUUAAAACUAAUCUUAUUAACAUUGUUAAGUGACUUCCUCGUAUCCCCCUGGUUAAAUUUCAAUGCAUAUCAUUUUAACGGUUUUCCAAAUCAGUAUUCUUAUAAAAUUAACUUAAUCACUUAACAUCUUUCUUUCUUUCCAAUUCAGCAUUAAACAUAUUAAUUCAUCAUGUUUACAUAUUUAAAUCCUAAGUCUAUCUGGUAAUUGCAAGCUUUUUCCAAUUAGUUUAACUUAACAAAUUUAACUAAAUAAUCAUUAAAUUUCGUACAUUUUUCCUGGUACUCCUCCUGCUUCUGGUCACGGACUCUUCCAGUCAUGUUGGCUAGCUCUGAAAGAUCCAUCAUCUUCAUCUGCCAUUCUUCCACUGUUGAUACUUCUUGCGUUUUCCACUUCUUAGCUAAUAAGAUUCGAGCAGCAGUUGUGGCAUACAAAAAUAAUUUAACAUCUUUCUUGAGCAAUUCCAAACCUGUUAUUCCAAGGAGAAAGGCCUCUGGUUUCUUUAUAAAUGUAUAUUUCAACAUUUUUUUCAAUUCAUUAUAAAUCUUUUACCAGAAGUCUUUCACCUUGGGGCAGGUCCACCACAUAUGAUAGAAGGUACCUUCUUUUUCUUUCCAUUUCCAACAUAGAUUAUCACAGUUAUGAUAAAUCUUUGCUAAUUUAACAGGGGUCAGAUACCAUCUAUACAUCAUUUUCAUUAUGUUUUCCUUUAACAUUGUACAUGCAGUCAACUUGACCCCUUUCUUCCACAAUCUUUCCCAAUCCUCAAACAUUAUGUUAUGUCCUACAUCUCUUGCCCAAUCUAUCAUCAUGGAUAUGUUUUAUUGAGGAAACGGGAAGACAUGCACACAUUUGGAAGUACUGCUUCAUGGUUGUAUUAAUGAAUGCAGUCCUAAAUUGGUGCUAGUGUUCCUGUGCACAUGAGGCGACUUUGAGCGUUGUUCAAGCAUACAGUUGGGAGGUUGCCCCUGUAAUGAGGGAUGCAAAAUUUAUAUGCUUGAGCACUGGCCUUCAGACAGCACUGAGAUGGUGGACCUCCAAGGCUUUGAAGUAGGGUAGAUAAAAAUCAAUGAUUUUUUAUUUUUAUUUUUUAAAAAUUGGAUUUUUUUAUAUAUAAAUCAGAUUUUUUUGAUUUAAAUCAGAUUUUUAAAAUAAAAUGCUUUUGGAGGAAAAAUCUUUCUAAAGAUAGUUUUUUAUUUAAGCUACAUCAUAGUCCAAAGGCUAUUCAUCAGGAAAUAAGGAUUUGUUUUUCAUGUGUACUAAAACUAAAAAACACACACGUUUAACCACAUCAGUUAAUGAACAUGGAUACGUAUGCUCUAAUGUUAUUGCUUUAGUUAAAUAAAUUGUUUAAAUUGUUAUUAAGGAAAUUAUUACUUUUUUCCUUCAAAUAAAGUACAGCAGAAAAGUUGUCCAAAUAUAAAGAGUUAACUUAUUAAACUUCACAAUCAUUUCAUAAUUAUCUGCCUAUGUACGGUAUUUCUAAUAGUAUGACCAAAUCAGUAAUUUUUGAUAUAACUGUAAAAGCUACUCUGAAAAUUUAUUAUUCCAAAAAUGAAACCAUCCUCUGGUUGUAAAUAUUAAGAUUAUACCAGCACGAAUGUAAAAAAGAAAGAAAGAUUUAAAUCAAGUCUUACUGACUAGGGAUUUAAAUCAUGAUUUAAAUUGAUUUGAUUUAAAUCACAUCCAUGCUGCUUUGAAGUAACUUGAUUAUUGCUACUGGGGAUCCCUGAGAGCGGAAAGGAUUGUGGCUUUGAAGAGACUUUUGCUGAGUCUGGAUUUAAGGGGGAAGAUCAGAUUAAGAAGCACCAUCGAGGGGUUUGGGACAAGUGAAUAGACGAUAGCAUUUGGGUUGGUGUUUUCCUAAGCCAGCUGUAUCUGUCUCAUUAAACAAAACAGUUACCUACUUACACACAUGUAAUGCUUUCAUGACACACAUGGGCUGUGUAGCAUGAGAAAAGAUGCCUGCAUUCCUGAGGAACUCCUGUGCUAGAUUAACUGGAUAACUACUUUGUAGAGUUCCACACCCCUACUACCCAGUUGCUCUUCUGACCUUCUUUGCAACAUGCACAUGCUGUAAGCAAACUAUCAUUAUUUGUAUGCUGGAGUUAGUUGCAUAGUUCACCUGAAGAACAAAGACAUGCAUAUUUGUAGAUAGGUUAAUAAUAGCCAGUGUGCCUCAUUACAGUAGUAGGUAUUUGGAAAUGUUUGGGAUAAUUUAUGCAAAAUUUGUAUGGUGUCAGUGCGCUAACUCUACUAUUUUAUUAAGAGGUUUAACAUUCAGGGCAGAAAGUAAUUAGUGUGUGGCUUCCUGCAAUGCAGAUUGAUUACUAUGAUCUCAUCUUUUAGGCCUUUCAUUGUGUCUAAAUGACCUUUACACCAUCUUAGUUAUAAUCCCGUGUCUGGCACAGUAUGGGUUAGCUGUGUUGCAAACCCCACCCCUACCCCGCCACAUGCAGUGUUUUUAUUACAAACAUGGGAUUUGUAACUGUGAGAGCAUAAGAAGAGACCUGCUGGAUUAGACCAUAGGCUGAUUUAGCUCAGCAUUUUGUCCCCAACAGACUUCACAGAUGCUUUUUGGAGCUUCCAAACAAGGGGUGAAAGAGACCAGACCUCCUUCAUUGGCUUUUAUGCAGCAGCUGGAAUUUGGUGUCAUGCUGUGCCUGGACAUCCAAGAUCCAUUUUGCCAUUGUGGCUCAUUAUAAGACCAAUUAAUUUGUCUAACCCCUCUUUAAAGUGAUCUGAGCCGGUGGUGAUCUCCACAAUGUGUGUGACAGUGAAAAUUCCAUAAAUUCUGCCCUCUGAAGUACUUUCUUUUGUCUGUUCUGCAUCUGUUGUAUGGUCUGAAAAUACUCCCUAUCCAAUUUUAUUGAGUAACCAGGAACGUAGGGUUAUAAGAGAUGUAGGGGCGGGUAUUUAUUUCGUUCAUGCAUACUUUUAUAAGUCCCCCAAUUAUGGUAUGUUUCCCCAGCCACCUUAGUAAAGACCCCAAUUGCUCCUAACCCUUUGAUAAUUUUGGUUUCUCUUUUCUUUAGAAAUGCAGUGACCAAAGUGGUACACAGUACUCCAAAAUGACCAAUAGACUGAUACAAAGGCGUACAGAUGUGGGCAGUUCUGACUGCAACUUUGUAAUAAUCCCUAGUAAGGAAUUUGCCUUUGCACAAUCCUCUCAUAUGGAAUUUAUUAUUUUGAUCCACUACACCCACAAGAUCUUGCCUAAUACAGUGGUACCUCAGGUUACAGAUGUGUCAGGUUACAGACUCUGCUAACCCAUAAAUAGUACUUCCGGUUAAGAACUUUGCUUCAGGAUGAGAACAGAAAUUGGGCGGCGGCGGUGCAGCUGCAGUGGAAGAGGCUCCAUUAGCUAAAGUGGCACCUCAGGUUAAGAACGGACCUCCAGAACGAAUUAAGUUCGUAACCAGAGGUACUGCUGUAAGUCACUUGCCUGUUCAGAUCCCAUCAGCUUCCAUAUAUGAAGUUUGGACCAUUUCCCUCCACACCUAUCCAGUUAUUUGACACCCAUUUGCAGUUUUGUUGCCAAUUCAGCUAAUACAGUGGUACCUCUGGAUACGAACAGGAUCUGUUCCGAAUCCCCAUUCGCAUCCUGAAGCGAACGUAACCCGCGCGUGCGCAGGUUGUGAUUCGCCUCUUCCAUGCAUGACCGUCUGCGCAUGCGCGAGCGGCGAAACCCAGAAGUAACGCAUUCUGUUACUUAUGGGUCACCGCAGAGCACAACCCCGAAAGCGCUCAACCAGAAGCAUAUUUAACCCAAAGUAUGACUGUAUUGACAAAUUAAAUUAAAGGUGCCUGAGAAUUUCUGUUACAGUGGUGCCUCGCAAGACGAAAUUAAUUCAUUCCGCGAGUUUUUUCGUCUAGCGAAUUUUUCGUCUUGCGAAGCACGAAAUCCCAUAGGAAUGCAUUGAAAUUCAAUUAAUGCAUUCCUAUGGUCAAAAAAAGUCCAAACAAAGCCAAAUUUGGUACAACAAGAGUUUAUUAAGUGCUCUUUAAAGUCACACAUACUGUAAAGAGCAUUUCAAAAAUUGAAUUAACAAUAAAUUAAGUUUCUAAACAUGACAGAAAAACAUUUAAAAAUCAACAAAGUGUACAGUACAUUUUCUAAGACUCUGGGGGACAACUCGAAGAAGGUUCCUCUUCCACUCUUUGCUUCUUGGUUUAGAACCGCCUCCUCAAGUGUUCCCUCAGCCUCCCACCACACUUUUAUUCAAAUCCAGAUAUUUUUUAAAUUAACAGCAGUGUGGCCCAAUGGUCUCAGAAUAUCAUAAAAAUGCAGAAAAAAAACACACAAGCUUCCAGAUUCUUGCAAACCCCUCCCCAACACCAAGUCCUUGAAUUCCAAACACCCCAACCCAAAAUCCACCCCCCCCAAAUUUUUAAAAGUUUAACUACCACACCGCGUUCUAUGAGUUGCUCCUCGAAGUCAAGUUGCAACUGUAUUAACGGUGUUAAGAAAAAGGAAACAAACUUGCAAGACGUUUUCGUUUUUCGUCUUGCGAAGCAAGCCCAUAGGGAAAUUCGUCUUGCGAAGCAGCUCAAAAAACGGAAAACCCUUUCGUCUAGCGAGUUUUCCGUCUUGCGAGGCAUUCGUCUUGCGGGGCACCACUGUAGCUAUAUUUGACGUAGUUGUUUAGAUGCCCACUUUGGAAGAAAACCUGAAUUCAUGGGUAUCUGGUUAUCACCUUCCACAGCGAAGAGGGGUGGGCGCACACAUGCGCAAAUACACAAAACUGCAGUUUUGCAGUUUCCCUAUUCCACUUUAGGAACACACAUACACACACAUGUCUUGUGGUCUGACAGAUAUUUCUGACAGAUAUUUAAAGAAAUGUGCUGACCAGGCUCCAAGUUGAUCUGCCAGUGGAGUGGCUUUGGCUGUCAGUGCACCGUAUUUUUCACUCCAUAAGACACACCUAGUUUUUAGAGGGGGGAUGCAAGGAAAAAACAUUCUUUAAAGGGAGCACUGAACAGAGCCUAUACGCAUGCGGCACUUGCAGGAUUUUCCCCAGCUCUUGGGGGCUUUUCCCCAAGGAGGGAGAAGGGACUGACAGGUUGCCCUUCUCCCUCCUUGGGGAAAAGCCCCCAAGAGCUGCAUACACACUCCGCGUGCUCUUUAAAGGGAGCUUUUCUGGGAGGUGGGGGAAGGGACUGGGGCUAAGCCAGAAGCUAGAACAGCAAGAGGGAGCACUGCGCAGCGAUCCCUCUCACUGCUCUGGCUUCUGGGAUAGCCGCUCAGCCUGCACUCGCUCCAUAAGACGCACACACAUUUCCCCUUACUUUUUAGGAGGGAAAAAGUGCGUCUUAUAGAGUGAAAAAUACGGUAUAUAGAAUUUUUAGGCUAAAGUUCUUAACGAUACAUUGUGAAGUGUUUUUACAUACGUUGCUGUUGCUAAUGUGUGAAUGGUAGGAAACACACACACAAUGCAUUUAGUAAUUUUUGUCUUGCAGGUAGUUGACAAUUUUAUCAUCAUGGUUUACGAUACACAUGGUUUCAAAUAUACAUGGUACGAAUAAAGGUUGGGGAAGAACAGGGAGGAUAGAAGAAAAUAAUUGAAUGUGGCUACCCACUCCUGUGACCUCUAGCAUUAUAAAAGCAUUUCCAUCCGUAGUACAUGGAGGAGUGUCUGCCACAUGAACCUGCUAAAGUGGCAAAUAAAAGAAAAGGGCCUUUCUGGUUAUGGCUCCCUUUCCAGAGAAGGUAUUUUUGGCAUCAGAUAUUCUCUGGGAAGUUUUAACCUCUCUAUCCUGCUGCUAUGAUUUUAUACUUUGCACUGCAGCUGAUUUGUUUUCUUGACUAUGACUAGCUUAAAUUUAAGCGCUGGCCUGGCAGCCAUUAGUGACAAGGGAUCAAAGACACCACCUUGUGCCAUCUGUCCAUGCAUGGCAACUGAGCUCAGAUGACGCAGUGCCAGGGUACUGCUUUCCUCAGAGGUGUACUUAGUACGCACUAGAAAUUUUGUAUAUUUUAUUUUAUUGUACAGCACUUGGUAACUGAUAUGAAGUAGUUUAUAAAUAUGCAAAUAAAAUAAAUAAUUGCAUGCAGGUAACUGAGUGGGCUGACAUAAAAUAAUUGUGUGCACGCUAGAGGGCGCUGGGGGGUGGUAGAAGGUAGAAUGCUCCAUCAAUCCUCUUCCCACCCAGCAUGGAGGCCAAGUGGGCUGAUAGAAUAAAAACGAAAUAGGCAGGUGGAACAGGAUUUUCCAUCCCUCCCCAGCCACCCUCCUGCAGGCAAUGUGACAUUCUUGAAAGCUAGUUGGGCUUAUUUGCAUGGCUAGUUAUGACUAUUUAAAAUACAGUGUUGUUAAAAACAACAACACCAUACCUAGCUAUCCUGGAGAAAGUUACCCUAUAAAUCUUUGAGAUUGUUAGUGAAAAGGUUUAUCAUAUUUGAUGGUAAAAUACUAGACUUAUUGCAAAAAUAUUUUUCUUUGAAUUUACACUCCAAGGUGUCUUCCUAUAUAGCCUCAGGCAAAUGACUUGUCUGAUUCUGUACAAAGCUGUGAUUUUUCUGUGUGAAACAGGAGAGUACUUAUCUGUUCUCACUUCCGUGUUUCUGGCAGAAUAGAAUGAUGUCUGUAGUCUACAGACAAGGAAGGAAACACUGUGGCUUUAAUAAUUAUUAAUCAAGCUUUUGAGGUUAUGUGACAUUGGAGAACACAAAGGGAUGAAGUCAAAGAAGUAUUUCUUAUUUAUUUCACAUGUAAAAGUUAGUAUGCAGCAAUACUUGAUCCCAUAGUUCUUGCUGAUGCUUUCUCCCACCCUUUGAAAAGAACUAUUAAACCAGAAGAGACACAGAGGAACUAUCUACAAAGAAUCAUUUUAAAGAUAUGCACAGCUGAGUUUUCCAUAGAUAAUGUGGGCAUUUCAUAGCCUAGUUUUGUUCUCACGUGCAUCUCUCAUACAUUUUAUUCCAACAGUUUUUGCAGAAUAUCUUCUUCAUGCCGAGUAUUAUGUAUCUGUAUACAUCAGCGUACACUGUUCUUUACAGAAUAUCAUGUUCAAAUAAGAUUUAGGUGCUUGCCUUAGCCUCAAGCAACAGUUGUGGAGGAGGGAGGAUAAGGAGAAUUGGUCAUGAUGGUGGUAGAGCAGCACUUGUAACAAAUAUGAACACAACAAGUUGCCUUAUACUGAACAAGACAAAUGGUCCAUCUAGUUUAGUUCACCGUUUGAAACUCCGAUAUAUAAGCCAGACCCCAAAUGGUUCCUUAAACCAGGGUCACAGUUGCCAAAACAGAAUGUUGUCAUUUUUGGACCAGAUGGUUCAAUAGUUGUAUUUUUCAAUAUGACCUUUGGGUUCCUAACAUUUGUUCUGAUUGUGCAGAUAAAAUAUAAUGGAUGGAAUUACAGGAUGUGUUGCUAGUGUGUGAAAGCAGUCAAGAUCCAAGGAUCUCCAGGCAUGCACUUCCAGAUGGUGGAGUCUUCAGGCUCCAUCCUGGUGCCUAGGCAUCUUCACUUGGUCACAACUGGCUGAUAGCCAUGUGCAAAAUGUGUCUGGCACCUGGCGAAUUUUGAACACUGGUUUAGUGUUGUCUACAUUGACUGGCAGCAUCUUUCCACCUACCUGGAGAUGUCAGGGAUUGAACCUCGGACCUUCUGUAUGCAAAACAGAUGCUCUAGCACUGAGCUAUGUCCCUUUCCCUAAUGUGAUUAUAAAUACAAGAACAAAAAUUGUACUUAGUGGAUCAGGUCAACUAGUUCAGCAUCCUAUUCUCACAGUGGCCAUCCAGAUGCUUGUAUGAAACCCACAAGCAGGACUCGAGUAUAAAAGCACUCCCCCUCCUGUGGUUUCCAGCAGUUGGUAUUCAGAAGCAUAACUGCUUCUGACCAUAGAAACAGAGUACUGUAAGCCUGCAACAUAGAUGGGAUUGUUCCUGGGAUUGCACCGAAACCCAAAAUUGCAUGUAGUCAAAACACAUUGGGUUCAAUGGCAAGUGGAGGACCUGUUCCCUGCUUGAAAGGCCUUUUCCACUUGGCCUGGUAGGGCAGGUCCCUGACUAACUGCAGCUACAAAAAUCUGAAAGAAACUCUUGCAGAUGUGGCACUGUCUGUGCUGGACCAUUGUCUUGCCUUGGUAAUGGACUGGAUGAGAGUCAACACACUCAAGCUCAAUCUUAUAAGACUGAGGCACUGUUAGCAGGUGUUUUGCUAGAUUGGAUGGAUGGGAGGUUGCCUGCUCUGGAUGGGGUCGAUCGGGGGUACUUCUGGAUCCUUUGCUGUCUCUUGGGGUUCUGAUGUCCUUGGUGGCAUGGAUUCCCUUCAUCAGCUUUGGCUGGUGGCCCAGCUGUGCCCCUAUAUGUACAGGGAUAGCCCAACUUCUGUUGUCUAUGCUUUGGUAACCUCUAGGUUAUAUUACUGAAAAUAAUGUAGGGCUGCCCCUAAAGACAGUUUGGAAACUUCAGCUGGCACAGAAUUUGGCAGCCAGGUUGCCCGCUGGGGCAAGAUGAUUAGAGCCUAUUGCACCAAUCCUGGCUUGACUGCACUGGUUGCUAAUUAUGUUCUGGGCCCAGUUCAAAGUGCUGAUUUUUACCUAAAACCCUUAAGCAUAUCAGGACUGCAAUACCUCAAGGGCUAAAGGUAAAGGGACCCCUGACAGUUACGUCCAGUUGCGAACUACUCUGGGGUUGUGGCACUCAUCCCGCUUUACAGGCCGAGGGAGCCGGCGUUUGUCCACUCCGCAGACAGUUUUUCUGGGUCAUGUGGCCAGCAUGACUAAGCCGCUUCUGGUGCAACGGAACACUGGCACCAGAGCAACGCACGGAAACGCCGUUUACCUUCCCCCCGGAGUGGUACCUAUUAAUCUACUUGCACUUUUGGGCAUGCUUUCGAACUGCUAGGUUGGCAGGAGCUGGAACCUCAACGGUAGCUCACAACCUUUUGAUUGGCAAGCCUAAGGCUCAGUGGUUUAGACCACAGCGCCGCUGGCGUCCCUACCUCAAGGACUGUCUUUCCCCAAAUGAACUGACCAAAGCCCUGCAAUCAUCAUCUGAUACCCUUCUUCACGUGUCUCCUCCCCAAGUGUUCCAGAGUGUGGCAACAUGAGAACGGGUGUUUUCUGCAAUGGCUUCCCAUUGGAAUACUCUCUUCAAGAAGGCUCGUCUGUCGGCUUUAUUAUGCAUCUUUAGGUGCCAGACAAAAUAUUCCUUUUCUACCAGGCCUUUGGAUGAUUAAUAUUCUACACCCUUUUAAAUAAGGGAGGGGGGUUAUUGGUUUGCUUUGCUUUUACUGUGCAUUUUGUGUUUUUAUUUUGUAUUUUAUUUUAUUUGCUGUGAACCGCCCUGAGAUCUUCGGAUGAAUAAGGUCUCCCCCCCCCCAUGCCCACCUUUAUGCUCACUUUUUAUUUAUUUAUUAUUAUUUUGCCAAGUGUUUAAAGCUGAAUGUGCAUAAUUUGUGGGCUUCACUAUCCAAGUUGGUGGCUGUCACUGCCUCCUGCAGGAGUGAGUUCCAUUGUGUGUUCUUAGGCUGCUCUUAAGUUUGGGAGAAAGAUUAAGUGGCUAAUCCAAAUCCAAAUGCUUCGUGGAAGAAAUUAGUUUUUCAGCGGUGGAUGCCUUUUCUUAGGACAAAUCAAUUGCUGAUGGAACAAGAGUUUGCUGGAGUUGCUUUGCUUGAUGGGUUACUGAGAGGGAACAGUGGCUCCUUUCUUUCCUCUCCAAGAGCAUUGGACAGGCAAACUUCAGGCUUGCGGGAUUUCCUUUGUUCUUUACUAGAGCACUUUACUAGUGCAAAAUAGUGACUUGGCGGGAGAAUAUUUUUAGAAUUAAGGAGAAGGGUGCCAUAUUACAUUUCACAAAAGCCUAUCUUACCUACUUAAUUUAUCUAAAUACUGGUGGAAGGGAGUUCCCUUCUAUCCCCAGAAUUUGAAAUGAGCAGAAGAUGAUUCCAAUCUAUAUAGACUGUGGAUGCUUGAUUUUUCAUCUAUCUGUGCUUUAAUUUCCAAAAUAAAAUUGCCUAACAAUUCUACUAAAGCUUUUGCCAUCGUUUAAGAACAGCACAUUUCUUGCACAUCUCUCAAAUGUAAACUAGAAGACUGAGCCGUGGAAAUGUCUUUUCUCCUCCUCUCUUUUUUUUUAGAUCUCUCCAAGAACAGAUUUACUGAAAUUCCUCCUGAUGUGUUGCAGUUUUCACCACUUGAGACAUUGAACCUCUAUCACAACUGCAUUAAAUCAAUCCCUGAAGCAAUAAAAAAUCUGCAAAUGUUAACAUAUCUCAAUAUCAGGUAGGUAAUAUUUUCUUGCUUCCUAAAUGUAAUUGCUUGUCAUCCAAGGUAGCCUGUUUAGCUCAUGACUGUGUCAGCGUCCUCCUGUGGGUGACAGUUGACUGAAGAACCACUUUCCAGUCAAUAAGUCAAAAGGUAGAGCAUAAGGAAGUCUAACUUUGUUCCUGGUAUUCCUUUUUUCAGAUUGUGAUGUUUGGGAGGCAAAGGUAAAAGUUUUAAAUUUCAGUUUGAGCUUCUAGGAAUGCUAAAAGAGGUUUGCUCAUUCUGCAUGCCUGUGAAAAAUUUGCUGGACCAACUACAACACAGGAGAGAUUGAUGAUGGGUUGUAUCCAAUGUUAGUCAUACUUGGAGUAGCCACAUGCCUCACUUAGGUCUAUUAAUUUCAGCAGGUCUACUCUGAGUAAAACUUAGUUGGAUACAGGACAGGGUUUUCUGAAAUAACAUUAGUGUUCUCUUUGUGUGUGUUGUGUUUGAUUAUUUUUGAGUUGGAGUAUUGAGUGUUAGACACAAGUGUAGCGUGAAGAAUGUACAACUUUCUCUCUUGCUGCAUGCAUGUCCAUAUACAUGGCAAAAUAGAUACAUACAUGGUGGGUAAUUCCCCCCCCCCCAUUGCAAAGACUAGCCCUGUAAGAAAAAUGUAUUUGAAGUAGCCUUUUGGCAUUGUGAGUCUGACAGCUACUCCAGCUUUUAAAAAAUAACAUAUUGUCAUAACUUGCUUUUGUAAACUCUUUAAUAAAACUGACUGUUGUCUGUAGUUAGCUUGUCAGCUGUGCUUUUAGUUUUUAACUUUGAGAGACAGAGGCUUUCCUGCUAAUUCUGCAUGUUAGCUUUGUGACUUAUUUGAAUUAGUCAGAUAGUUAGAGAGCUCAGAUGUUGUAGUAGGAGAACUGUCCUCUUGUUACCUGGUACCUUGUUCUACAACAGUUAGGUCCUAGCUUUAAAAAUACAGUCAUACCUCGGGUUGAAAUUGCUUCAGGUUGAGCACUUUCGGGUUGCACGACCUAGAAGUAACGGAACACGUUAUUUCUGGGUUUCGCUGCAUGCGCAGACAGUCAAAAUGAUGUCACGCGCAUGCACGGAAGUGGCAAAUCGCGACCCACACGCACACAGGCACGGGUUGCGUUCACUUCUGGAUGCAAAUCGGGCUCCGGAAUGGAUCCCAUUCGUAUCCAGAGGUACCACUGUAGAAGUGGCUGCAGAGGAGACCUACAAAAAUGCUUAAUUGGCAUAAGAAGAGGAAAAGCUAAGAGGCCCCUGGGCAUGAGAGGAGAUUAUAGGAAGCCACAACAGACCUCAGAUUCAUAAAAAAGAGAUUGUGGGGGAGAGAGCAAAACAUUAAAGGGAACUAAAUGACAAAAAGCUUUAUAUUUUGAGAUUGCUAAUAGGAAUGGCUUUCUAACUGCUCAGAUCAGGCCAGAAAUGGACCAUAUUACUUAGGCAGCAUAUGUAAUCUCCGGUUUUGUAUGCAUUUGACAAGGCAGAAAAGAACCUGCUAAUUUGCAGUGGAUAUUGUCCUUUUAAUUCUGACAUUUCAGAUAUAGUUUACAGCAGUGGUGUCCAAACCUUUUUCAAAGAGGGCCAGAUUUGAUGAAGUGGAGGGCCGACCCUCACGGGCCGACCAAAGUUGUUAACCUUUUUCUAGGAUUGAAGUUAUUGAGCUUUUUUUUAGGAUUUUACCACAGGAAUUAUUUCUUCACAGGGGCUGGAUUAAAAACAACCGGUGGGCCAGAUUAGGCCUCCAAAAACGCACUUUGGACAUGCCUGAUUUACAGUAUUGUUAAAAGUGGCAACUAAGAUUUCCUUUCUCAUGUACCUGUGAUCUGGUCUUGGAUCACAGAAGUAAUAGUGAUAGUAAUAGUAAUAGUAAUAGUAAUAGUAAUAGUGCCACUGUAUUCUGUAAUAGAGAAGUAAUAGUGCCACUGUAUUCUGUAAUAGGGAAGUAAUAGUGCCACUGUAUUCUGCUCUGGUCAGACCUCACCUGGAGUACUGUGUCCAGUUCUGGGCACCACAGUUCAAGAAGGACACUGACAAACUGGAACGUGUCCAGAGGAGGGCAACCAAAAUGGUCAAAGGCCUGGAAACGAUGCCUUAUGAGGAACGGCUAAGGGAGCUGGGCAUGUUUAGCCUGGAGAAGAGGAGGUUAAGGGGUGAUAUGAUAGCCAUGUUCAAAUAUAUAAAAGGAUGUCACAUAGAGGAGGGAAAAAGGUUGUUUUCUGCUGCUCCAGAGAAGCGGACACGGAGCAAUGGAUCCAAACUACAAGAAAGAAGAUUCCACCUAAACAUUAGGAAGAACUUCCUGACAGUAAGAGCUGUUCAACAGUGGAAUUUGCUGCCAAGGAGUGUGGUGGAGUCUCCUUCUUUGGAGGUCUUUAAGCAGAGGCUUGACAACCAUAUGUCAGGAGUGCUCUGAUGGUGUUUCCUGCUUGGCAGGGGGUUGGACUCGAUGGCCCUUGUGGUCUCUUCCAACUCUAUGAUUCUAUGCAGUGGGGCUCUUAAAUGGCCCUUUAUAGCUAUACUUACUAAGGUCAAGCCUUGGCUCCUGAACGCCUCUGUUUUGGAACGUUUUGGCUCCCGAACGCCAAAAACCCAGAAGUAAAUGCUCCAGUUUUCAAAUGUUUUUCGGAAACCAAAAGUCUGAAGCAGCUUCUGCUUGAGUGCAGGAAGCUCUUGCAACUAAGCCGUGCCUCAGUUGUCAAACAUUUCAGAAGCCGAACGGCCUUCCGGAACAGAUUACAUUCAACAACCAAGGUUUGACUGUAUUCUUAUUUUAAAAUAUAUAUUCUCCAGUUGGAGGAAUUUCCUUAACAAAGCCUGUUACAAUUAUUCGUAUCACUCUGUAUUCCUCCCUUUCAAAAUCCCAAACCCCAGUUCCCUUUAAGGAAAUAAAGCAAAUGACUGAAGCAUUCAGCCUUACUGUUGAGCUUUCAAUAUUUUGACCAACUCAGUGGGUCCCCUCUGGCUUUAUAGAAAGUGAAUUUUAAUAUCAUGUAAUGAACUGAAAAGAAAGUAGGAAAGUAGCAAGUUCUGUUCCAAAUGAAGUUGCUAGCUUAGGUGUUUGAAGUCAUCACAUGAGAGGGGUCUCCCUUUUUCUCCCCCACCCCCAAAUGAGGAUAGAUGUGGGAAAUGCAACUACCAACUGCAACUUGAUUUUGCAAAGGGUUUUUUCCUCCAUUAAUAUAUAUGUGUGAUGGAAACAGCAGCUCACACCAUAAAUAAGAAGAAUGAAAAAGGUUAGAGAGACAAUUAAUAAUUAAAUGAUAUAUUGGAAUUUAGUGGAUUCAUGGAGACUGCACCAUCCUAGGGAAAAAUCCUAUACAUAUUUUGCAGGAAUUCACAAUACCUAGCACAGAAUUGAUUUGAUUUUUUUAAAAAACAUCAGCAUCACUGCAUUCCUUUACUAGCCAAUGUGACAUUGAUAUUCCCAUUAUAGCUGAUCACUCAGCAGUAAUAUUGGAAUAUAAUCUAUUCAAUACCCAGGAAGGUAUGAGGAGAUGGUAUCUUAAUAUAUCAUUACUAAAUGAUAAAAACUUCAUUCAAUAUAUAACGCAAGAAACGCAAAUAUAUUUUAAAAAUAACUCCAAAUCAUUAACAUCAAGACUGCUGGAAUGGGAAGGCUACAAAGCUUAUAUGUGAGGGAAGAUAAUAUCUUUCUCUGCCAACAAGGUCAAGAUGCAAAGAUUAAAAGAAAAUAACCUAAAAAUUAUUUUAAAACAUUAUGGGGCGAUAUGGCAAAUAACCCAUCUAGGGUUAAAUAUGAAAGAAUACAACAACAAACACUAGAACUGAAUAGUAUACAGUGGUACCUCAGGUUAAGUACUUAAUUCGUCCCAGAGGUCCGUACUUAACCUGAAACUGUUCUUAACCUGAAGCACCACUUUAGCUAAUGGGGCCUCCUGCUGCUGCCGUGCCACUGGAGCACGAUUUCUGUUCUCAUCCUGAAGCAAAGUUCUUAACCCGAGGUAAUAUUUCUGGGUUAGCGGAGUCUGUAACCUGAAACGUAUGUAACCUGAAGCGUAUGUAACCCGAGGUACCACUGUACUAGCUCAAAAAAUUGAGUUCAGCUUAUUAUGUAUAUGACAAACAAAUUGGGAACAGGGAGAAAGACAGACAAAAAUUCUAGCUGUCUGUCUAAAACAGAAGAAAAUGAACCAAAUAAUACCUUUAAUUAAGGAAAACAACAUUGCAGCGACCUCAUCAACAGAUAUAAAAAAUUUUUGGGGAUGAACAUAAAUAAAAAUAAUAAGGAUAACCCUUAUCAGCAUGAGAAGUUAACAAUAUGGUCCAACCCAAAAUUAAAAAUUGGAAAUCAAGUAAUAAUUUGGCAAAACUGGAUGAUAAAAGGUAUUUUGACACUGAAUCAAUUAAUUGAUGAGAACUACAAAUUUGUGGAAUAUAAGACUUUGCAAGUAAAGUAUGGACUAACCAGUGAAACACAUUGGCAAUAUAUCCAAUUGAAACAUAUGUUGGAAAAGCAGUUUGGCCCUGAUGCUAUAGCUGCAUUGGAAACACGCAUGCUGUUACAGGAUUUAAUCUCUGCAACAAAAACAAAAAAAAUCCUACACUUGCACUAUAUAAAACUUUACUUAACAGGAAGAAAUACGAUUUAGAAUAUGGAAGACAAAAAUGGUGUAAAGAGCUAGGAGUAUAGAUAACAAAUGAUAUGUGGGAGACAAGUAUAAAAUCAAUAGAAAAAGCCUAUAUGGAUUUAAGACUUAGACUUAUUCAACAGAAAAUAGUAUUUAGAGUACACUGGACUCCAGCAAGAUUAUAUCAGAAGAAAAUAACAAGUGCAGAUAAUUGCUGGAGAUGGGGGAGUAAAAAUGUGAAAAUACAUAUGUUGAUUAACUGUCCGAUGAUCAGACCAUUCUGGAGUGAGGUGAGGAUAUUUAUAGCAAAAGUAAUAAAAAGAAAUUGUUAUUUAGGAGAACCGAAUUUAAUUCUAAAUUAUAUUCCGGAAACUUGGAAGAUCUCAAGGGGCCAAAAAAAGUGGUUGUAUUGCAUUAUAUUAGAAGCAAAAAAACUUGUUUUGAUGAAUUGGAAGAGUCGCAAAAAGAUUCCACUGAGCAUAUGGAUUGAUAAUAUGAACAGAUUAGCUACAUACAAAAGAAUUGCUUGUUGACGCAAAAUAAGAAUGGAUAAAUAUGAAGAAAUUUGGAACAAAUAUCUAAGUGACAAGGCUGAUAACAGUGGGAAAUAGAGGGGGGAGAGAGUGGUGAUAAACAAGGAGUAGGCAUAGGGAUAUUGCUGUAUCUAAAUUUGUGUUGUCAAUUUGUGUUAUUAUUGUUAUUAAUUGUUUUUGUUGUAUGUGUCUUUUUAGUUUUGUGUUUGUACUGAUUGGAAAAAGAGAAUAAAAAAAAACCACACCACUUUACUAUCAAUGAGAUUCUCACUAAAGUAACAAUUUUGAGCAAAUAUUCAUGCUGGUUUUAAGUGGCUUGUAGAUCUCUGUAUCUGAAUGGUGAUAGCUGCCAGACAUAACCAUAUAUUUUCUCUAAUCUCUUUAGUCGAAAUCUUUUAUCAACAUUGCCAAAAUACUUGUUUGAUCUGCCGCUUAAAGUUUUGGUUGUCAGCAAUAAUAAACUUGUGUCCAUUCCCGAAGAAAUUGGAAAAUUGAGAGAUAUAAUGGAAUUGGUGAGUGUCAUGGUAUAGUUUCUCUCUUUGUUGAAUCUUUAUAGUUAAUUCUUUGUUUGGGCCAAUUCUCAAUUAGUAGUAAGCCCUACCACAGUGAGUUGCAAAUUUAAAUUAAUCCAUUCAUACUUAAAUAUCCCAGAGCAAUCCUUUUGUUUGAAUAGAAGUGCAAUGAGUAUUCCUUCAACUUUAUUUUAAGCAAAUGGUGCUAUAUGUAGCUUGAAACAAAAAUAUGAAUUAUAGCUUUUGUGACUGAAAUGCUAUCUGGAUCCUGCAAUUUACUAUAUUGGCCCGAAUAUAAGCCACACCCGAAUAUAAACUGCACCUUUAAAAUUCAUGGGGGGGGGGAGACAAUACCCGAAUAUAAGCCACUCCCUUAAAAUUCCACAGGCACUCACACCUGUUCCGUUUUACCGCAUGUCUGUUUCAGCAGCGAUAUCGUAAAAGCCAAUUUUUGUAAGGUCACAAAUUUAAGCUGCAGUUUAACUUUUCGUGGUCAGAAUUUGGAAAAAAAAAAAGUGAGGCUUAUAUUCAGGCCAAUAUGGUACUUCUAGGAUGGAAUAAAUAGUGAAAAUCUAACAGAUUAAUUUUUAUGCAACUGCUCAAGUCCUCAUUUUAAAGAUGCAUUAGUAGAUUUCAUUCCAUAAAAAGACUUACCUUAUUUAAGGAAUAGAACUUUUUCAUUUGAUAUCCCACUCAUUUGAUAUUUCUCAAAAGAUGGAAAUCAUCUGAACUCUGAAGCACUUGCUACUUGUCAAUAAUCUACAAUCUCCUUGUCAUCAAGAUUCAAAAGGAAUAUUGUAAAUAAAGAUUUUUCCCCAGCCCCAUAUAUAUGACUGUUCCUAGUCAUCUUAUCUUCACUCUUUCCCACAUUACAAGUGUAAUGCCAUGUAAGCAGAAUUACAUGGUAUAGUUCUACCAGUUUUUAUAAUUUUAGCAAUUUAUCUGUGUUUAUAAUUGUAAAUUAUAUUACUCUAACCUACCCUGGUAGGGGACACGUGUGGCACUGUGGUUUAAACCACUGAGCCUAGGGCUUGCAGAUUGGAAGGUUGGUGGUUCAAAUCCCCACGAUGGGUUGAGCUCCUAUUGCUCCCGUUGAGGUCCCAGCUCCUGCCAACCUAGCAGUUCGAAAGCAUGCCCAAAAGUGCAAGUAGAUUAAUAGGUACCGCUCCGGCGGGAAGGUAAACGGCAUUUCCGUGCGUUGCUCUGGUGCCAGUGUUCCGUUGCGCCAGAAGCGGCUUAGUCAUGCUGGCCACAUGACCCAGAAAAACUGUCUGUGGAGUGGACAAACGCCGGCUCCCUCAGCCUGUAAAGCGGGAUGAGUGCCACAACCCCAGAGUAGUUCGCAACUGGACUUAACUGUCAGGGGUCCCUUUACCUUUACCUUUAGCCCUUGCGGUAUUGCAGUCCUGAGUUGCUUAAGGGUUUUAGGUAAAAAUCAGCACUUUGAACUGGGCCCAGAACAUAAUUAGCAACCAGUGCAGUCAAGCCAGGAUUGGUGCAAUAGGCUCUAAUCAUCUUGCCCCAGCGGGCAACCUGGCUGCCAAAUUCUGUGCCAGCUGAAGUUUCCAAACUGUCUUUAGGGGCAGCCCUACAUUAUUUUCAGUAAUAUAACCUAGAGGUUACCAAAGCAUAGACAACAGCAGUUGGGCUAUCCCUGUACAUAUAGGGGCACAGCUGGGCCACCAGCCAAAGCUGAUGAAGGGAAUCCAUGCCACCAAGGACAUCAGAACCCCAAGAGACAGCAAAGGAUCCCGAAGUACCCCCGAUCGACCCCAUCCAGAGCAGGCAACCUCCCAUCCAUCCAAUCUAGCAAAACACCUGCUAACAGUGCCUCAGUCUUAUAAGAUUGAGCUUGAGUGUGUUGACUCUCAUCCAGUCCAUUACCAAGGCAAGACAAUGGUCCAGCACAGACAGUGCCACAUCUGCAAGAGUUUCUUUCAGAUUUUUGUAGCUGCAGUUAGUCAGGGACAAACGUCUGCUCCCUCGGCCAGUAAAGCGAGCUGAGCACUGCAACCCCAGAGUCAUUUGUGACUGGACUUAAUUGUCAGGGGUGCUUUACCUUUUUUUUAAACCUACCCUGGUACUUUAUGCUGAAGGGUGGCUAAAAAUUUAAAUUUAAAAAAAUCUAUUUGAGUAUUUAAGAUUAAAAAAUAUGCCUUGCAUAAAAGCAAAAUUCCUCUGUUCUUAGGAUAUCUCCUUUUUUCAUUUCUAUUGCAAAAUUCAAGAAUGCUGUAACCAAAAUGCAAGCACAUGCAUUCCUUAAAACAUACUCAUUUGCUUUAGCCACCUUCCUCAAUGUAUGCUUUUGAAAUUUCAGUCACUAUUUGACAUUCUGACUCAUUGUUUCUUAAUGUAGGAUAUUAGCUGUAAUGAGAUCCAAGUCCUUCCCCAGCAAAUUGGAAAGCUGCAGUCAUUACGAGAAUUAAAUUUAAGAAGAAAUAAUAUUCAUAUACUACCUGAUGGUAAGCUUCUAUUCCCUUCCAGCUUCUUUGUUAAUUCAUUUAAACAAUAUCAAUAUUUUUGAUGUAUGAGCUUCUGAUUUUUUUCCCUUUCCCACCAAUAGAAUUAGGAGACCUUCCCUUGGUCAAGCUGGACUUCUCAUGUAAUAAAAUCACAGAAAUACCUGUGUGUUUCAGGAAGCUACAUCGCUUGCAAGUCAUAAUUUUGGACAAUAAUCCAAUGCAGAUACCACCAGCACAGGUUCAAUUAAAACAUUCUUUUCUCAUUUUUAAAGUAGAAACAAUUCUUUAUGUGAGAUACUUAUUCAUCUAGCUGCCCAUGGAGUAAGGUGCUUCUUGACCAAAAUCCAUUUGUGGAAGCACUUUUUCUUCUUGAUCACUUUUCAAUGUUGGCUUUAAUAUGCCUGGGGGAAUGUGGCCAGAAGUGGGGCAUGCCUUUGUAAUAAUCAACUGGUCAUAUUCUGAGAUGAGUUUCACUCUUCUCAAAUAAGAUGCAGGGAAAAUAAUAUUAAAAACCAAUCCACUGUUGUUGCACUUUAAUGUUUUCACCAUGCUCUUUAGCCAACAAAAUCUUACUAAGUUGGGGAAAGGUGAGCAGCAAUACCUGCCACUGAACUUGAUGGAUGUGUUUAGUCCUGUUUAAUCUGCCCAGUUAUCUGUACUACAAGGGUACAGAUGGGAAUGUGCUGUGCUGUGCUGUGUUAUGCAUACUGUAUGAGGAUUGGAGGUAAUCAAUAAAAACGGUGCUAAGGUUUCUGUAAAUGCUCCCAUCUGACUAAAUGAAUGCUUUCCCCAUCUGCUUCUUAACAGAUAUGUUUAAAGGGCAAAGUACACAUAUUUAAAUUCCUCAGCAUUCAGGCAUGCCUCAGAAUAGAUAAAAAGCCAGAUUCCUUGGAUCUUCCAUCCUUGGGUAAAAGAAUACCUUCCCAGCCGCUCACGGACAGGUAAACUUGCAUUCCCCUUUUCAGAAUGUGUAAAAUGAGCAUUUAUCAAACUUGAAGGAGAAAUGCUCUGAGUUUGCUUUAUUGCAAUAAUUUCAGUACUUCUGAAGUAAAAGUUUUUGUAGCCUUUAGGAUGCUACCUUUCCUAUUACUAUUUUUGUGCAGAUUCUUUCCCAUCUCAGUAGGGUGAGUUCUCACAGUGAGUUUUUUCUCUGAGUAAUCUAAGCAUUAUAGCAAUUAACUGUUGAAUUAAAUUGUUUCCACUUGUGCAGAAUCUUCUAUAAAGAAUACCAUAUAUUUAAAGGUAUUUUCAGCUCAUCCUUCAUGAUUAAAAACAAAAGUUCCAAUAUUCUCCUCAAAGCUGUACCAAAGGAGGGGCAGGGAGCAAGGAAUUACUCAUGAAAAGUGUUGCAUUUCCUGUGGCUACACAGGUCUAUAUGUAAUGUGAAAGUUGCUUUCUUCUACUUGUACUAGAAAUUGAUCAGUUUUACUGAAAGGAAAGUCUGCCACCUACUGUCAAACAAUUACAUUAUUUUCCUGGAGUGGAAAAUCCUUCUCAGUUAAUGUCAGAAGUACAACAUAGUUUUUCAAGUCUAAACUCACAUAACUUUCAGAACAUAUUUCCAUAAGUUCACUUAUCGUUGGCUAUAAAUUAAUAAUGUUUAUUAUUUUGCUUCUGUUCAUUUUUUUCUCCUGUAUUUGCGGGUUCCGAAUGAACUUGUUUCCGGAGCACUACCGACACAUUACAGGAUAUUUGACACAUUACAGGAUAUUUUUCUUUUUGUUAUUUUAUGAACUUUAUUAAGAACACUGCUUGUGUUCAGUGUCCUUUUUUUCCUACCAGUGAGUCAGUGCAUUGUUUAAAUAUUGGCACACAUGUGAAAUAUUUCUCCUACAAACUAUCGUAGAUUCCGGCGUAUUAGGCAACUGGACAUAUAAGACGACCCCCCAAAUUGGUAGCUGCCAAUUUGGGGGGGGGGGGUCGUCUUAUAUGCCCAGUCGCCUAAUACGCCGCUUGACUUAUACGCCCAGUCUUAUACACGGCAGCUUCACUGGGCAGCGGCAGUGGUCGGCGGGCUCCGCGCCAGGAGGAAGCUGCCUGGUGAAGCUGCCCAGCGAAGCUAAGCUGGCUUCGCUGGGCGGCUUCCUCCCAGUGCGGAGCGGAGCCCGCCUCCCACUGCUACUGCCCAGCUAAGCUGCCGCAGCUGCCGCCACCGCACCAGUAGGUGGUGGGCUCCACGCUGGGAGAAGCCACCCAGCAAAGCUGGCUUAGCAUCACUGGGCAGCUUUGCGGUGCAGAUUCCUCCCAGCACUGCUGCUGCCUAGUGAACCCAUACCCGGCGUAUAAGAUGACCCCUGACUUUUUAGAGGUUAAAAAGUUGUCUUGUACACCGGAAUCUAUGGUAAUAAGCACAUUUGCAUAAUUACCAUUGGCACCUAAAAUUGCCUCUAGACAACUAGAACUUUCUCCAGACUUGCAUCUGGUUUACUGGGGCAGCAUUAGCAUUAUUAAAUAGAGGUCCUAGUGAGCAUUUCAUGUGUUAGCCCAGCCUUUCCUAACCUGAUGCCCUCCAGAUAUUUUGGACGACAACUCCCAUCAGGCUGAGUCAGCAUGGGAGUAUGAAAACAUCGGGGGCACACUGAGUUGGCAGAAGCUGUUCUUGCCAGCAGGGAAAAAAGCCUGUAGGCCUGUCUUUCAAAGGCAGUUCACACCUCACAAGCAGAGACCUGAUCCUUUCUUGCCAGUUGUGAAUGUUCUGAAAAUAUUCAAUAACUAACAAAUGUAUACAUAACCAUUCUCCAUAGACAGGAUGAGCUGUUAAAGGAUGAGCAGUUUUCUUCUGUUGUGUUGCAUUCCAUUCAACAUAUAUUCUGGUUUCUUUUUCUUUUGCUUUUGUAUGUUGACUUUGUAAAAUUAAGCUUGGAAUUGUUACAGGAGCUGUUUGCCCCAUGUUUUUCCCUAACUGUGCAUAUGUGUACUAGUUCAGAUCGCAGUACAAAAAAUAACCUUUAUGUAAUUGCAGAAACACAUUAGGGUACCUUUUCCUGCUAAGCUCAAUCCCUUGUCCAUCUUUCUAUAAUAAAUAAAAAUUUCAAUAAUCCUAGGAAGAUGACUUCUGCACAUGUUUACUAACCUCUCUUCCUAACAUGAACUAUUUAUAUGGUACCGUCUAUGUAUAUGGAGGUUUAUGAAGAAGAGAUAUAGAAGAUUCUUCUUCCAAAGGGAUUCUAAUAUGAAAUAAACACAAGGAAACAGCAGAGAAAGGGGUGGGAAUGUAGGGAAUAAGUGAUGCAUGUACAGUGGUGCCUCGCAAGACGAAAUUAAUCCGUUCCGCGAGUAUCUUCGUCUAGCGGUUUUUUCGUCUUGCGAAGCAACCCUAUUAGCGGCUUAGCGCUAUUAGCGGUUUAGCGGCUAUUAAAGGCUUAGCGGCUUAGUGGAUUAGCUGCUAAAAGGCUAUUAAAGGCUUAGCGGCUUAGAAAAAGGGGGGGGGGAGCGAAAAAAAUCUCAAGACUCGCAAGACAUUUUCGUCUUGCGAAGCAAGCCCAUAGGGAAAUUCGUCCUGCGAAGCGCAUUGAAAACGGAAAACCCUUUCGUCUAGUGGGUUUUCCGUCUUGCGAGGCAUUCGUCUUGUGGGGCACCACUGUAUUUGGUUACAGUAAAAUAAGGAGUAGGUGGGGCAAUGAGUAUUUUCUGGGGUCAGUGUUGUGAUUUGGUAUGGAAAACUCUGGGAUAAAAGCACAGGACUUGUAACCACAAAUAACAGGGAGAAGUGGCCAUCCACCCUGCCUGACACAGCUCUAGUGUUGACAUUUUGCAGGAUUAUCAGACAAUAUAGUCAGUCCCUUUUGACUUUUUAUGAUCUGUGAUUGUCCAAUUGCAUCUCAGUGGGACACACCUUUUUAAUACCAAGAACCUCUGUAAAUAAUCCACCUUCAAAAGAGCAUCUUGCUCUACAAGAAGUGGCUGUUCAUCACUCAGAGAACCAGAACCUGCGUCUUAGUAUUUGUCACAAUUAAGGUACUUGUUCUUUUAUUACAGUAUGGAAGAUUUUUAUCCAAAUAAAAACCACGGCCCAGACUCUGGCAUUGGCAGCGAUAAUGGGGAUAAAAGGUUAUCCACAACAGAAGUAAGCCUGUCCUUUCUAAACUACUCAAAGGAAAGAGGUAGCAGGGGCAGUGGGUUUCUCUAACAUCUCUUCUGACUGCUUUCCAUUGUCUCAGAAUUCUUAGUUUGGCUAAAUCUCCAUCCAUUUGAUUUCAAUAAACUCCAGUUUAAAAAUGACUGUAAAGUACAAUAAGAUAGCUUGCCUGCUUUGUUAUAUACUUUAUCCUUAACAGCAGUGUUUUGAAGCAUUACCCAUGCCAGCACUGCACCCCAUAGUCACCUUUGACUGGACUUAACCGUCCAGGCGACGGUUAUCUUACCAUCCAGUAAACAAUCCCUCAACAUUAAAUCUGUAUCUUACCAGCUUCAUGGUGGUAAAAUGAAAUAACCCUGAAGGAUUCCCCUAUUUUUAUUUUUUUUUUGUCUUGAGCAAACAGAACUUGAACUUGUGUACUUUUGACAUUCAUUGAGCUGGGAUAGCUCUGUUGGUAGAGCACGAGAUUCUUAAUCUCAGGGUCGUGGUCAAAAGAUGCUUUGCAGGGGUUUGGACUACAUGACCCUCAUGGUCCUUUCCAAUUUCCAAUUCUACAAUUUUAUGAUUCUAGGUCAUUUUAAGUAGCUCGUUUAAAACUUGACAUCUGUUGGAUACCUCAUUAAAUGGAAAAUAUGUCUUCUCCUGUCUCAGUGAGUAGGAAAUGCUCUACGUACAGGCCUGCCCUCCAGCAGUGUGCCACAGUGGCCUCUGCUGGUGGUGGUGGGAAGCUGAUUUUCUGAUGCAAAGUUUAUCAGAACAACAAGUGGAGUAUGCAGGUUAUGCUCUUAACUGCUCUUUUCAGCCAUCCGAUGAUGACACAAUCAGCCUUCACUCUCAGGUAUCGGAAUCGACAAGGGAGCAGACACUCAGAAAUGACAAUCAGUUACUAGGAAAUAAACCUGAACUGCAUAAAGGUGAGUUCCAAUUUCUGGUUCUCAGAAAUGUCCUCUUUGUACUCACAGUUCUUCUGCUUUGGUCGUAACACUGCAUUACUGAUUACAGGCCUCAAAGAACAUUGGGCACAUGUACUUCCCCUUCUCUUCCUCUACCUAAGCCGUGAGGAGACAAUUGAUAGCAUACCGAUUUACACUAACUGGAAAGCCUUGUCAGUUUAAAUUAUGGUGGUUUGAAAGAAGCCUGGAUAAUCAGCUAUGGUUUAACCCUGGCUUGUUUCAAUAAAUUGUUGUUUAAGCUGAGGGUGGGGAACUUAUCCUCCGUCUGAUAGCCACUUUUCCUUAUGAGUAAUCUUCAGGUGGCAGUGGUGGCACUUGCCAGUGGUGGGAAUGGCCAGAGGCAAAAUGGGUCAAGCAAUAGAUAUGCACUGUAGGGUACUUUCUAGCCACAUUUAAAAGCUAGAGGUUUCUGCAUGCCUCCAUCUUCCAUCCAGGCAAGCAAGGGUCAUUCUCAUAGUUCAAGGACCCAUUGAAGCCAGAAAGAAAGCAUUUGAGGAUGUUGUAGAGCAGUAUUGAAGGCCAGAUAAAAAGCCCUGGGAGGGCCACAUUUGACCACCCUCUGGCCUGAAGUUCCCCAACAGUGUUUUACACUAACAGUUUCCCUUGUGAAACUGUUUAAAAAUAAGCAAGUGCUUUCAAUCUCCUUGCAGUGGCUCUCUUUGACCUCGCAAGUGUUUGGCCUUGAGGAUUAGUCCUUUGUUAUGAGAACCACAAGUUUGACAGCCAUAGGAGGACACGUGAAAGAAUGGAAUGUGUCCUUCCUGAAGCCUUAUGCAUUUUUGAUGAAAUAAAUAAGAUCACCCCACUCCCACAAAAAAGAGAAAUAAUUCUCACCUGUUGGUAUUGUCUUUUUUUUAAGGAGAGAAUAAAAAAUAGAAAAUCAAAACCUUUGUUAAAUUGCCUUCUUAUUGCUGCACAUCUACCAAUCGCCCGGAGAGGGAAAACAUUAACACCUCAUUAUGGUGAAUUAAUAUAUGGAAAAUUGCAUUACAUACUCGUUUUUUUAAAAAAAGAAAAGAUAACCACUUUUGUCUUAGUUUGGUGUGAUUUUAUUGAAUAUAUAAAAAAAGAAAAUUUACAUCUCUCUUUUCCACAAGUCCCUCUAGAAAUCUGGGAUAAGUAACAUCUAAUUGGUUGACAAAUUUCCUUCAUGGAAUAUAGGGCCUUUUAUUUUUUGUACUCCUUGUGCCUCUGAUGGUUUCAGUUACAGAUUUAUGUUUCUGUAUUUUGUAAGUCAUCUGCACCACACUUCCUCUCUUCCUUAUAAUGGUACUUUCCACUUACUUGUCUCUGUUUUAUAAUAAAUAUAUAGAUAACCACCUUUAUCAUAUUUUCCUGUGAAUAUGCCAUGCCAGCCUUGGUUUGGUUUGGUUUAGUUUUUAUAUGUUCGUCUCAGGGAGUUCUGUUUUGUUAUUUGAGCUAUACAUCUAUCUGUAUAAAAUAAAUCUCCCUUCCCCCCCUUGCUUUGUCAUCAUCCCUGAUGACCAGACCCAGAAGUGUGUGAUUACCUUGACCCCAGCUCAGAGGAUGUGGCUUCCUGUGAUCAAGGAGAUGUGCAAACUGGGCCAUCGAUCUCGUAUAUUAAGGUAGCAUCUUAAAGAAUAACUUGGAUAUUAGCAACCCGCUUUACAUAUUGUGAAGUUCAGUAAUGUGACCCCUGCACACUUUCUUUCCUCUCCUUUCCCUCCCACCCCUGUGUGCGUGUUAGGAACGAGCAAAGCAGACUGAAAAGUCUCAGAAAACAGAAGAAAAUGAAAACUGGGGAGAUGAGAAGAGGUAUUUUCCCUAGCAGUACUAACUGGGCAUUCUAACUAGUAUUGAUGAUUAUGAUGAUUUAUUGCCUGCCCUUCAUCUUAAGGUUCCAGAGCAGAUUACAACAAUAAAAACCCAACUUCAGUAUUAAAACACAAUACCGCACAAUAUUAAAACCAGAUUAAAACAACUUAAAAUUAUACAAAUCAGGUGGGUACUAAAAAAUAUCUAGAAUGGGAAAUAUGAAUAGCUGUUGGAGGAGGGAAUCUUAGUUUUUUUCUGUUGUUUCUCUGGCAUUCUGAUUUAAAACAGAAAUGUUUGUGGUGUUUUUUAGGGUUCAGAAGGAUCAGGUAUUGGCAGAGGAAGAUGAUGAACUGAAGGAAGUGACUGACCUAAGGAAAAUAGCUGCCCAGCUGCUGCAACAAGAACAGAAGAACAGGUAUUUAGCCUUUGGAUCACAACAGUAGGUGAACUCUAUAUGCAAGUCCCCUGGCUGCAUUUUGUGUUAAAGGCUUGUGGAGUUUUAAAAUUUGGCAAAUGACACAGAAGCUUAACCAAGAAAUCAAUCAAACUCUGGUCCUGCUUCCUAGACACAUCUGGUUGCCCACUGAGAACAGGGUGGACUCAAAAGGCAUUUGGCUUAAUCCAGCAACCAGACUCUUCUAAUAUUCAGAUAUUUGAGAUUUAGUGUUGAUAAACAUGAACAAACUUUAUUGCUUCUCUGCAGCUAACAUUUGAGUGCAAUUUGUCCACUUUAAAACUGGUAAGUGCAAAACUGCGAAUGAUUGAAAUGAACUGAGUUUAGCAAUCUGACUGAGCGUAAACUAAGAUUACUCAAAAUUCUCUGAUUCUUACCUUGUCAAAAAGAAAAAAGAAAAAAAGAGUAACACAAAGCUCAACCAUUAAGCAUUUUGUCUUUUAAACCCUGUUAAAGCUCUACCUCCUUACUACUUUCUGCUCACUAUACUAAUGACGUCCCUGUCCUCUCCUGUCAACCUUUACUCCUUCCUUCUUCCAUCUUUGGGUUUUGAUGUACAUGAAAUACGAAUUCAGACGGAGACCAUUAAGCUAUAGAACUUCAUUCAGUGAAAAGCUCUUCCAGAGGACAAGGGUCGCAGGACGCGCAUCAAGGUAUUUUGUUUUUAUGGCACAUGAAUUUCAGCUGACAACACAAGGGACAAACAGACAAUUCCUGCAUUGCAGGGGCUUGGACUAGAUGACCCCUUGGGUCCCUUCCAAUUCUAUGAUUCUGUGAAAACAUUUUUGGGUGUGCUGCUAAAGAUGCGAAGACUUAAAGUAGUAAGAAUCCUUACCCCAAACUGCAUAGGGCAGGAGUGGGCUCUGAAAGUACCAGCUCCAUCAAUAGAAUUGCUUGAUUAUCGUCAUUUGCUUGUGUGUUUUUUUGAAAAAUAAUUGUGCUGCCCGUUAUCAGAAUCAAUUUCAGAGCAGUUCGUAUGCAACAGUUUAAAAAUAGAGGCAAGAAUUGUAUUAUUCCAUUAUGACUCACAUAAAAACAAAAUUCAAAACAUAUUGGAAUUUUAAUAAUACAAAUACUUUUUGAGGAUGGAAGUGAUGAAACUUUACACAGGGGAGCGAUUUUUAAAGGUGUUGUUCUUUUCUUCACGGGGCAACUUAUAUUUUUGGUUAUGGGUAGUGUGCCUGCAAGUCUUCCCAAUGGUUAGAAGUCUGACUGUGGAAAUGCUUCUGCCUGUGUCCAAUAUUCAGGCAUGCUCUGUACAUCUGACUCAGAAAUAGAUGGGGGUGCUCUGGGUCUCACUAGAUCAAGAGCAUGGCUAUUGUACCUAUCUUCAAAUAACUUCUCUGUGAUGAAAUACUACAUAUCUUUUCUCAGCUUUUUUCUAUCAUGUUUCCUUUUCUGAAUCUUUCUUCCCCAUUGUCAGUGUUGCAUCUAGUCAAAUAUUGUCUAUUCUGUACUAUCUUCCUCACUAAGUCACCAGUCAGACUGAAUGUUUCUCAGUGAUUCUCAUAGUCACCUUCUUUGAUCAUGUAACCCAAAAACAACAGGCUUCAAAUUAGUUAAGAACAAUAAAAAUGGUGUUAAAGUAACAUAUUUUUCCUCUGACUGUUAGCAUGUAGAGAUAUCUGGACUCUAAACUUUUGCUCAAAUUCUCAGAGCUGGACAGUAAAUAUUCAAAUGCAUUUUAAACUACACAAUUUCAGCAUGAAAUUUUUGUGGUUUCAAGUGCACAUUUGUGUGUUUGAUUUUAGACUUCUGAAUCACUCCACGUCAGCAAGUACAAGAAACAGACCAAAACAGACCAUGGAAUCAGAAAAAAGGUAUCAAUUGUGCUUUUCUUAGUAGUAAAAUACUUUGGGUGAACCCUGUGGUGGUGGUGGGGAUGGUUGAAUAAAGGCUGCUUGAGACGUGCCUAAUUCUUUCUCAAAAGUUCCACAUUACCUUCAGAUAGCAGAAAUUGAUUCUAGAAUAUAUCACUGUGCAAGGGUGCUCUUCAUAACUGUUGGUUUCGAGGUGUUUCAGAAUUAAACAGCCUACAAAGCUUUACAUAGAUUUCAAGAGUGUUUUAAGGGCAGAGAUAAAGGCACAAGUGUGCUUUAAAAAAUGGAUCUUUGAAAUGCACGCAGACAGCUUUCCCUAGAUACCAUGUUGAUUUAUUGCACAGCACUCUUUGCUGUAGUCAGCGUUAACAGUUGUAAAUUCCUGAUCUCUUAAUGUAUUUAAACAACUGUCCAGGAAGCCUUUUUUUAAACUUCUGAGUACUUGAGAAAACAAUUUGUUCUGGUGUUAAGUUUUCAAAGAUAUGUAGCAGAGCUGAUUAAUCAUUAAAAUUAACACUUCAGUAUUGUGACAAGAAUACACUUCCACAAGAUAGACAUCCAAAAGACAAGUCAUGAUAUGAAACAACCCUCUUUAAAUUCUUUCUUCCAGAGUAUGUUACCUGAAUUCCUUAAUGGAGACUCUCAUUGAGUAUAGUUAUUAUAAGAUUUCUCAGCUGUGAACAGUAAGAACAUGGUGAUUUUCUAGAUUGGUUUAUUCCUUAGUAAACAAGCUUUCUGAGUGUGAUUACCCACAUCUACAUAGCCCAUAAGAAUGAUUUCCCUCCCUCCCUUUUUAAAAAUAUAUGUCUAGGUCAUUUUGAUACAAGACUCUUUUUUUGCUGAUAUGUAUAUAAUUGUAAGUUGCUUGACUUGGCUCAGUGUAAAAGAUGAAAAAAUCCAUUCUAACAAACUAUGUGUGUGUUUUCAUCUAGCCUUUCAGCAGAUGAAGCAAAUUCUCCAUCAUCCCCAUACAGUUGGCAGGUAAUGCAGAGAUACAUAAGCAUCCAAAAUACUGUCUGCGCAGCUGUGAUAGUUUUGCUCCUACUUUCUUGACUGGCUUGAUUUCAUGGCCAUGGUCAUGUAUGGUGGUAAACUAGCCAAAUGUGCUAUACAGACUCUGGAGGGUAGUUGACAGUUCUAGCCAUUGGCACAAAUGUAACAAAAAUAGAAUACAAAAAGAUUGUUUUCUCCCAGAAGUGCUGAUCUUUAAAUUAUUGCACUUUUAACCUGCUUUCUCCAGGUGCAAACCUUUUGAUAAACUGCCUUGACAAAUGUAUCAGGCCAUUUCCCCCCAUUAAUGAAGAACUUUCUCUUCCAUGGUGUAGUGAAACAGACGCAUGAGGAAUUGCUGCUAUUAUUAUUAUUACAGUCACCAUUAUCAACCCACACUUUACCUUAAGGUCCCAGGGCAGGAGGUGAUGAUGAUGAUGAUAAUAAUAAUAAUAAUAAUAAUAAUAAUAAUAAUAAUAAUUAUUAUUUUAUUUGUACCCUGUCCAUGUGACUGGGUUGCCCCAGCCAGUCUGGGUGGCUUCCAGCAUAUACACUAGUAGCCAAAAUUGUGUCAAAACAAGAUGACACCUGAUUGGGACUCUAAACACUCCCUUUUCUGGUUAUUUGGCUGUAAAUUUUAAUAGCAUACAGGGUAAAGAAGUGCGACUUCAGUAUUCCUCGGAAACUGUAUAAUGAAUGUGUCAGACACACCUCUGCUGGGAAGGAGCUCUGCAGUUUAGGGGACAUCACAGAUAAUGCCCUUUCCUGGGCCUACCCAAGCCUCUGAGGGCAUAGGAACUAUCAAGAGGGCCCCUUUUGCUGAUCUUGGCACCCAGGAGAGUGUGGGGAAGGAAGCAGUCUUUCAGAUACUUGAGGCAUGAGUCAUACACAUGAAUGGCUUGCUUAUUCCAGAAACAUGGAAGUUCAUAACUACCUGCGGCAACCUGGUUGGCAUUAUUUAGCCAUGAGGAGAUAGAAAGCUUUCACACAUGUGUUCAGCUAAACACAAUUUAGCAUAAUCCCCACAGCAUAAUGUGGUUAAUCUUAUGACCAUUUAUCACUUCUCAGCCUUCUGGCUAAGAUCAAGUGUAGCGGUUUAUUGAAACAAGCCAGCUUCAUGAACCAGAAUUUGAAACUGGCUUGUUUGAGUAUCCCACAGUUUAAUCACAGUUUGUCCAUAUUCAGAUAUAAUGCUAAACUCUGGUUAAUUAAAAAUGGAAGCAGAAUGGCCACAUCAAAAGAGCUGAUAGGUAAUGGAAUAUGUUAACCUCAGGGUCACUCAGGUUCAUUCAUGUAAUACAAAAUUUUAGUAUAAAGCAUAGUUUAGUGCUGUGCCUGAAUGAGGUAGUUGUGGGCAUCAGUCUUCGGGUAUUUUUCACUACAUUCUCUUGUAUGUCCUGUACCCAACUGCAAGGCUACUUAAAUGGAAACAUAAUGACAAUAAUUUAGACUAAAUGGGAAAAUUAGUGGCCACUGUAAUAUUUUAAUAGUCAUUUUCUUACUCUACCCUUCUACUUUCCUCUCAGUAACUUAUUACACACGGUACUGUUAUCUUAAACAAAAAAGUUGGUACCAAAUGUAAUUCAGUUUCUUGACUGGAAGUAGGAACAUCUUCAUUGUUCUGAUCAGCAAGUUUACAAUGCCCUAAGUAAGAAGUAAUGAGGGGUGAAUCUAGCUGUGCAGCCAGUAAACUCUUCUCUGAUUUUCAGAGCUCUUUGUUUAGGACAGGAGUGGGGAUCCUCGAGAUCAGGGACCAUAUGUGACCCUCCAAGCCUGUGUAGGAACCUCUGACUUUUGCAUGACUGACCUGUAGCCUAUUAUGCAUCUGUUGCCCCAAACCCUACUGGCACUUAGCCACUUGAAGGCGGCCCAUGAAAAAAUGUGACCUUUGACUGUGAAAAAGAUUCCACAUCCCUGGUUUGGGGAGCCCCUACUUACUUUUUCAUUGGGGGUGGUUCCAGCAGACUACUCUGAGGACCAGGAUAUACCGUAUUUUUCUCUCUAUAACACUCACAUUUUUUCUACUAAAAAGUAAGGGGAAAUGUCUGUGCGUGUUAUUGAGCGAAUGUGUAGUCCCUAGAGCCGACUGGCCCGAGUACAGGGGCAAAAAUCAGAUCGCGCGGAGGAGGGAAGGCUAAAGAGAGGAGGUUGCUGCUUUCCUGCAUUCUGCCUCAGGGUCUUACUGCCCACCCUCUUCUGUUUUCGGUUGCUGUGUUUGCUCAAACGCAACAAAGAGCAGGGAAAUCCCUUCCCUCCUGGCAAGCAGAAGGGAAAGGAAAGGAUCGCGUCCUUCCUUCUAAUUCCUUCCUAGUCACACUGCACGCAGGCGCCAGCCCACCCGGCUCAGGUUCCGUCGGCUAGGAGCGCAGCCGACAGCCACCACCUCCUCCUCUCCCUGCUCUGGUGCUACUGCUGCUGCGUCCAGCAUUCUAGGGACUCCCAGGCAGCCAGAAAACAUGCAGGUGGGAGAGAGAAAGAGGGUUGGCUUGGGUGGGUGGGGGGAAACUUUUGCCUUUCUUUCCUCCCUCCCAUUAAAUCCCUCUCCUGCAUUGUUAGCCAGCUGCUUCUCCACACACGCCUCUCGUGCUCCUUGUCCCUUCUGUGUUUUUCCUUCGCUCCCCACUUAAAACGUGGUUACAAAGCACGGAUCCACAUGGAUCCUCAGGAUCUUUGCAUUGGGUCACCCCAAAUUCACCAUCAGAUCACAUAGCAUGUCCAUGGCUACAGCCUGCACCAAAAAAAUCACGCACCCACUGUUGCCUGGGGCCGCAGUGGUGCAAAAACGUGGUUACAAAGCACAGAUCCACAUGGAUUCUCAAGAUUUUUGCAUUGGGCUACCCCAAACUCACCGUCAAAUCACAUGUCUGUGGCCACAGCAUGAAGCACAAAAAUGAUACAUCCACUGUUUCAUUCAGAAUUUUUUUCUUUCUUGUUUUCCUCCUCUAAAAACUAUGUGCGUGUUAUGGUCAGGUGCGUGUUAUCGAGUGAAAAAUACGGUACAUAAUUUAAUCUGAACUGCUUGCUGGAAGGUCAGAGUGGAAUUUCUUGUCUUACGAAGCUACUUAUUUCUCCCAUCAGUCACUGGAGGAUCGGAAGGACCACCCAGAUGAGCAACACUGGCCGGACAUGCAGCCAGUUAUCUGGCAAAAUGAGGAGAGGAGGCGGAGCAAGCAAAUCAGAAAAGAAUAUUUCAAGGUAUGUUGUUCCAUUAUGGUGGCAAAUUUGAUGCUUAAUCUGAUUAGCGGCCUGAGUAUCUCUACAAAAAUUAAGAUUUAUUAUAUAAAAAAAGGAAAGCCUAGGUUAAGGUAUCACCCUGGCCAUACUUUUUGGCAAGGGACAACUGAAAUAGAAUUUCCCCCCUCAACAGCAUGUUGUUGUUGAAUGACAACUCAAGGUGUCAAAUACUAGUUGGUUUUGUGCAUUAUUUCAUGUUGCAUGUUUAGCCUGUGAGGGUUGCUUUACCGUGAAUUAGUGUUUUCCUAGCUUUUCUGUUUUAAGUCAGUAAGCAUUUGGAGGAUAUACAAGGAAAAUAUCUGUUGUGUCUAGCUGUACUUGCAGACUGAGGUCAAAAGCCUAGAUCCACUGAGACCCUUGAUUUCCUUACUGAAUAAAAUGAAAAUAAAGAGCAAUUUUACAUGGUUGUUACAGGAAGUGCUGAAAAGCACUUUAUGUAGCUAAGUGCUGUGUGAUUGACAUUACUUUGUACAAAUUGAGUAUGCUGGAAGAAAAUCCAUUCAGUGAACAAAAAUUCUUCCCCCAGACUCCAUCCUCUCACUUGAAAUUUGGUAUAAUUGCAACUCUUCACACAAAGUGUUCCUAAAUAGCCAAUUUCUCACAUGCACACAAUCUAAAUACAAAAACUACUCCUUUUAAAAACAGCUGAAGUUCAGUGUUACUUCAGUGUCAACUUCCAUCUUAGUCCAUUCAGAGCAUAUAACAAAAGCCUAAUUUGACUUAUUUGAACCUCAAACAGUGGUUGAUAUCAAACUCUCUUUUUUAAAAGCUGAUGCAAAUUAUGGAAGAGAAGAAGAAGAGAAGAGGCUGAAAGCGUGCAAAAAGAGUUUGAGCAGGAUUAUGCUCUAGGGUCUAGUGAUUUCAGUAUUACACUGCAAGAAAAUGCUCUUGCUACAUCGGAAAGGCUAUAGCUUUGCCUGCCUCCUCACAUCCUUCCUCUCCCAGCAAUCUAGUAACUUCUCGUGCAUAUUUGCAAGGCUGUUAUAAUUAUCAGCAAAUCUUCUCUAUAAAUGUGCCUAGUCCUUUUCAGGAAGUAUCCAGUAUUUGCUGUUUGUACCUGCAACCACAUCCAUGUCUAUGUCUUUAAUUAUUUCCAUUACAAAAUGAGGCAUAGCAAUGACAUUAGCUGUUGGAGCAAUGCCUUGCCUUUUAUACUGGACUAGGUAUUUUAGAAUGUCUGCUUAACCAUACUCUUCAGCUGUAUUCCCAUAUUGGUACGAGACUCCAAGCACCUGUCUUUCUUCCAGGCUAUCUAAAAUAAAUAAAAUUUAUACUGAUGGCAGGAUGGAGAAAAUUACUUCUGCUGUUAAGAUUUCCCAAAUCUUUCAACUUGCUGGCAUUUCCCUUUGACUUUGUGUUGAACUCUAGAACCAGAAACACAGCUUAAAUUUGAAAGUAAGAGUUCACCACCAGAGGGCACUGCCUGCUUUCUGAGGAUAGAAGACUUUCCCUUGGAACCCAGUGGGCAUAACUGAGGUUUCUGUGCGAAGCUUCAAGUUGGAUUGAAAUAUAGAAUGUCUUCCAUUAUGAAGCUGACUUUGUCAGAUGUUUCACUCAUGACGCUUAAAAAUUCCGGGAUGUACAGUAAAGACAAGCGCAAUACAGUGUCACACUUCAAAGCAAACUAUAUUUUAAAUCGGUAUUUGAUUGAUAUUUGCGGUUAAAAUGGUCACAUACCCGCUUCAGAAUUCUCCCCCUCCCCAAUCCAUGCAGCUUCGAAGUUAGGUUCUAAAAGGGGGCUGUGACCACCAUGACAAGGCCUUACAGGCCAUCACCGCUUUUGCCACUGCUGCAAGGCCUUGCAGGCUGCCACCACUACUGCCAUCACCACCACAAGGCCUUGCAGGCUGCCACUGCUUCUGCCCCCCCCCAACAUUGUUGAUUCUGCCAUCCUCAGGCUGCUGCCGCUUGUGUCUCCUAGCAGGCCUGCUGGCAGUUUGACAGUCUCAGAUUAUUUGUAUGCACUAUGACUCAUUGCCAUACUUUGGAUUGUCCUGCAUACCACCAUUUGGUAAAGGUAAAGGUACCCCUGCCCAUACGGGCCAGUCGUGUCCGACUCUAGGGUUGUGCGCCCAUUCCACUUAAGAGGCCGGGGGCCAGCGCUGUCCGGAGACACUUACGGGUCACGUGGCCAGCAUGACGAAGCUGCUCUGGCGAGCCAGCACCAGCGCAGCACACGGAAACGCCGUUUACCUUCCCGCUAUAAAGCGGUACCUAUUUAUCUACUUGCACUUAAGAGUGCUUUCGAACUGCUAGGUGGUCAGGAGCUGGGACCGAAAGACAGGAGCUCACCCUGCCGCGGGGAUUCGAACCGCCGACCAUACGAUCGGCAAGCCCUAGGCACUGAGGUUUUACUAACAGCGCCACCCACGUCCCACCCACCAUUUGGUAACCAAGCCCAAAACCAAAAGUCCUGUUGGGAUGCAUUUUGGCUUUCCUGCUGUUGAAAGUCACCAUGAGGUGAUUGAUAAUAUCAUCAGUUAUCAGUUUAAGACCUUUAAGUAGUAGCAGUUUCCAUUUAUAUAUCAUGAUAUUGAUAUAUCACAAUAUUGAAAAUAUUAGGGAUAAUGGGAGUUGUAGUCCAGCAACACCUGGAAGACCACAAGUUCCCCACCAAACCCUUAAACAGUUUUGUUCUGGAAAUAGUAAUUUUACAGAAAGGCAGUUGCUAAACUAGCUUCCUCAAAAUCCAGUUUUGAGUACAUCGUGGAGAAGAAACACAUACCAUGCUGUGGCUUUGUAAAAGACAUUUGGAUUCUGGCAACAUAACAUAAAUGAUAUGCUAUAAAUAGCUGUUUAAAACAAGCUGUUUGCCUUUCAGUACAAGUCUUCCCGGAAGAGUUCAAGUGGCAAUGAAAAUGAUGAGGUGAGUUAGCACUGUGAUAAGAAGCCAACUACAUAAGGAAUUGGAACUUGUGCUGAUCCAGUUGGCUGUAAUAACAGCAGAAACCUUACUUUAGGCUCAUGUACAAAACUUCUGAACCUCUGGGAAGCCGAUGCUGCUUGUAAAGAUGGAAUUCAUCCUGUCCAGUGUAGGGUACCUUGAUGCUUUGUUUCCAUGGUGUCUGUCAACAUGAGCUUCUAAAGUGUUGAGGCUCAGUUCCUUGAACUUCACAUGGAGUUUAGGGUCUCCCCCACUUUUUUCCCUUAUUGUUUCUCUCAUUGUCACUGCCAUCUCCACUAAGUGAUAAACAGUGGCAGUGCAUGCUGGUAAUGUUAAUUUUUUUAGGUGCUUCUCUGUAUUAGGCGGCAAAUGGGGUAAGGUGCACACUUUUCAGUUCUAGCAGUUUUUAUUUGAAUCAGCUUUGUUGUUUUGAAAGAGGGGGUAUUCUGGAAUGCAGGGACCAGUGGGAUCUUUGGUUUUCUCAAAACCUUGAUUUAAAAAAAAUAAAUUCUGUGACAAAGUGGUUUUAAAAGGGGGUAAAAAGGAGAGGAAAGCAAGGCAACCAAACACAUGCACUGCAGGAAUUGUUUUGCUUCAGGUCUUUGACUGAAAUGUUAACUCAAAUUGGGCAAAAUGUAAUGGGAAAAUGUGAUGAACCCAGUCAUUGCCUGAAUGCAGAAGUGUCCAGGUCAUAGUUUCUACUUAGAAGUUCACUGGCAGAAUUCCUAGUGCAGCUGAAUCGUGUGUGUGUGUGUGUGUGUGUGUGUGUGUGUCCGUGUGUGUCCGUGUGUGUCCCAACUCCCCUCUGUCUUUAUACUGUUGAUGCUUCCCAAAUAACACCUAGUUUUUAAUCACUUAAGAAGUUUUUUCACCAGAUAGGCUGUGUUCUUCAACUUAAGGGGGUUGGUGGAUGCCUCAGGGGGAAACUCCAGUGGGAAUUUAGAAAGAUUAAGAAACCAGAUAUCAUUUUUUUAAAAAGCUCAUACAAAAAAAGCUCAUACAGACUUCUAUAUCUGACCAUUUAAUGACAAUUAAUAGCUUUAAUGUAGAUGUUGACCACACUCCCCAGUGAAUACUAGGGCUUCCCAUUGUUAGCUUUGUGCUUAGUUCUUUGCUUUCUCCAGCUGGCCAUGGCAUCCAGUUUGAACUCUCCAGCAGACAGUUUCCUGAGUUCAGCACCAUAAAUGCAGUAUUAAACAUGGCACACUGUUCCGCUUGCAGAAGGACCAAGGUUCAGAAACUUUCCAAAUCCGUCAUUGUGAAACUGCUGAGCAGCCAUGUCUUAGUUGUGCAUACACAUGUUUAAUCAUACAUCUAUGUGUAAGAAUACUUGUAUAUCAUACAUGUUCAUAAUCAUGCAAUUUUUUAUUUAAAAACAUAUCUUUCAUUUUAUAAUUCCAUCUUUUUGGUUUCUUUUUAGCAAGACAGUGAUAAUACUAAUGUGUCUCCACAGUCUCCUGUGUCAUCUGAGGUACAAGUGUGUUUGUGUCAGUGUGUUUUUCACUACCUGUUAACACCGCUGCAUGGAACUCACAUGAAAUAUGCCGUUCUUUGCUAAAUUAGAGAAUACUGUACAAAGACAGUUCUUUUGAAGAAUUAUCUGGAGUAUAUUAUACAGUAGCUACAAUGUAUGUCAGAAAAACACAGAAAAGUAAGCUUCUAACUGCUUAAGGUAUAUCCCAUUUUCAUGACCAAAAAAUAAUAAUUAUUGAAUGAAUUAUUGAUGAAUUAAUGUUUUAAGUGUUGCUUGUGUUCCAAAGAAAAGAUUCUCCUGUAUAAGCCCAGUUCAUUUCCUUGGGGCUUCCCCUGGCGACAGCCAAUGUUUGUUACGCAUGCAGAGAAGAGAGAAAGGAGUCAGCAGUCUUGGUGUAGCAUCUCCCCAAAUACAGUAUUAUAAUUGAGCUAAAUUAAAAAAAAAUUAAAACAUUUCCCCCUUUCAGUCAAGGAAGACUAUGUACUUGCCACAUGAAAACAAUCAUCUGUGUGACUUUAGUUAUGUUUUGGGGCCUUCUGACAUCCCCCUUCUCCCUCCACCCCUAGGAUUAUGAAAGGGCCGAUGGCAAUUCUCAUGGUCCUUUUGGACUGAAGCCCAGAUCAGGUAGGCACCAUUCCACACAUACUGAACAGGGAUGCAUGGAAAAUAGGUUAUUUUGGAGGUGGCAAAAGGAUAGAAUUGUUCUUAUCAGUCUUGCAGUGGGUUUCUUAGAAGCUGGGAUAUAUAAUCCAUAUAUUUUCACAUAUGCUGAAAUUGCAUGAGAAGUCCUUCACAAACUGCUGUAGGAGAAUCAAAUAGUCACAAUAGAAGGUGAUUUUUCAGCAGAGAAUCAUACAGAGGUGGUUAGGGAGGAUGUGAAUAGUCAUAUGCAGAUUGAACAAAACUAGCAAAGGUUAUUUGGUUGUAUCUAGCUCAGUUGACCCAUUAAAAUUAGUUGCUGUGUCUUGAUGUCCCUGAGUCUGCUUUUAAGCCUGACUUAGUUGGGCACCACCCUGAACCAAAGCAGCCCCCCUCCCAAAUUAUAGACUGGGACUUCUGGAUGAGUGGAUGGGGGGGCUAGAUGUGAGUUGAGCCUUGGUGUUGCAGAGCCCUUGCUUUGCAAUCUCCUCCUUCACUAGUAAAAUGGCUCCCAGGCAGACAUAUUUCCAAGCCCCACUGUGAGAUCUUGGAGAGCUAUUUUUGAAGUAGCUAGUCCUGGGCCAGAUGGAGUAAUGAUCUCUCUUGGGACAAAGUAGUUUAUAUGCUUGUUUGAGCCCAAGUCAGAAUCCAUUUACACAACUGGAAUUGUAUAUGCUUCACCACACUGUCAGCAAUAUGCUUGAUUUCUGUUGAUUUGCAUAAAUCCAGAGUGUUCUUCAUCCAGGUAUCCAACAGAAAGCUAUUUUCUGAUUCAAGUCAUCAAGUGGUACAGGAACGUUUUACUGAGAUUAGUUUUAAUAUCAGUGGCUUUUUGUUUUGCUGGUAGUGACUCUUGUGAACAGUGCAGUUAAGGAAACAAAACCUCCUCAGAUUUUCCUCGUUCCAUUUGCAGCUUUUGGCCGCUCUCGCCAGGACUACAGUGCCGCAGACCCCGGAUUCACAAUGAGGAGGAAAAUGGAGCACUUAAGGGAAGAGAGAGAACAAAUAAAGCAGCUGCGCAAUGUAAUUUUAUUCUGUCUGAAAUGAAUUCCUUGGUUUGCAGAGUUAACGUUCAUGUCAUUUGAAUGUGUUUAGUUAAAUAAUACACACAGAAAAUAUGAAACCUGGCUUCUUUUAAAGUGGCCUUGAAAUGAGCAUUAUCCUUAUUGUACUCUCUUAUUUUCCUAGAAUCUAGAGUCGCGAUUGAAGGUCAGUUUGCCAGAUGACAUUGGAGCAGCAUUAAUGGAUGGGGUGGUUCUGUGCCAUUUAGCCAAUCAUAUAAGACCUCGAUCUGUUGCCAGUAUUCAUGUCCCAUCACCAGCUGUGGUGAGUAAACCAUCUAUUCUCAAAACAGACAUGGCCAUUCCCUUUUUUUACAUCCCUUCACAAUGCAUUUAUGUAAGCCUCCUUAUAACCUUGUGCGUUAAGAUCAGUUGCUUUAAGUGAUAAUUUAAGACAGAUGUUUUCAACCUUUUUGAGUCCAUGGCUCCCUUGACCAACUACAUUCUUUCUGUGGCUCCCCUGUCGGGCUCAGGAGCCCAGUUACACCACUCCUUGCCUGCAGAGCUGGCAGCCCUCCGAGCAGCCACUGCUGCCGUCCCUGGUCUCUGAGUCGGUGCCCCCCCCCCCCGCCCCAAAGAGAGGUGCCUCCCAGAGUUUGCCUGCAGAGCUUAUAGCCAGGGCUGCUGCAGUAAAAAGCUGUGCAAGCCUUUGGUAGGCAGAGACGCAAGAGGGCAUCAGAGAAGGGAGGGAAGGAAAGAGGGACAGAGACCAGUCUUGCCCACAGCACCCCUGACCAUCAUUCAAGGUACUCCAGGGUGCUGCUGCACACUGGUUGAAGACCACUGUUUUAAGUGAUCAGAGCUUCUGCUAUUGUAUAUUUGUAAUGUAAAGCUUCAAGUUCUUUGCAAAAAUAUGAAUAAUGACAGCUGUAUCUCCCUCUUAACAGCCUAAACUCAGUAUGGCAAAGUGCCGAAGAAAUGUUGAAAACUUCCUUGAUGCUUGCAAAAAACUAGGUGUCCCACAGGUAAAAAUGCUGAAAUGAUUUUCUGAUUGACCAACCAGAUCAGCUUAGCUUUUGCUAGAUCUUUUGGGAAAGGGAUGUGGAAAUGCCUAUCUGGAACUGCCAGGGGGUGAACCUGGGCCACUGGUCAUUUUGCCUGAGACUGAUAGGAAUUGGGAGUCCAGUAUCAUUUGGAGGGCCACAGGUUUCCCCAUCUCACUUGAGCAAACCUCAGCAAUAGUGUGGCUUUAUAGGUUUGGGGGUGACGACCUGUUCAAAUGAUGAAGAAUUUGCUGUUGAUUAGUAUAAGCUGGGAAAACUUAUUAAUAAAACAGACUCAUGCAAGAUACAUUAGUCCAAUGUUCCUCAAACGUGGGUCUCAGCUGUUGUUGGACUACAACUCCCAUCAUCCCUGACCACUGGUUCCUGCAAGCUAGGGAUGAUGGGAGUUGUAGUUCAACAACUGCUGGGGGCAGGCCUUUCUUCAAAGUAUGAACAAUUGUGGGAGGGAGAGGAGGAAUGUCUUUAACUUGUUCCAGUAGGAGGAAGGGAUGGAAGGGAAGCCUCCAUGGGCUGUAUCUGGGUGUGGACCAGAGGUUCCCAAUCCCUGAGGAAGUAGGACAUUUGAGUAAAUUGCUAUUCUGGAAAGUUAGGAUGUCUGUGUGGGCAUUAACAGCAACAAACCAUACUGAAAAUUCAUUUUCUUUCCUAGGAAAGACUUUGCCUGCCCCAUCACAUUUUGGAAGAAAGGGGCCUUGUGAAAGUUGGAGUUACUGUUCAAGCUCUUCUUGAAAUACCUUCAUCUAAAGCAUCACAGCUUUCCUGCCUGUAACAGGACACUCAGAGAACCAACUUGUUGCCAUGAUGUGUGUUGAUGUGGAUUGAUUCCAGUUCAGCUUCCUUCAGAGGAACACCCUAAGCCAUCAGAAGUGAUUGCAGGCCAGAUAUUGUACAGGUGAAACUCGAAAAAUUAGAAUAUUGUGGAAAAGUUCAUUUGUUUCAGUAAUUCAACUUAAAAGGUGAAACUAAUAUAUGAGAUAGACUCAUGACAUGCAAAGUGAGAUAUGUCAAGCCUUUAUUUGUUAUAAUUGUGAUGAUUAUGGUGUACAGCUGAUGAAAACCCCAAAUUAACAAUCUCAGAAAUUAAAUAUUGUGUAAAGGUGCAGGGAUGACCACAGCCUGGAGAGGAUUGUCAGGAAAAGACCAUUCAAACGUGUUGGGGACUUUCACAAGGAGUGGACUGAGGCUGGAGUUAGUGCAUCAAGAGCCACCACACACAGACGGAUCCUGGAGAUGGGCUUCAAAUGUCGUAUUCCUCUUGUCAAGCCGCUCCUGAACAAGAAACAACAUCAGAAGCGUCUUACCUGGGCUAAAAAAAAGAAAAAAAAGAACUGGUCUGUUGCUCAGUGGUCCCAAGUCCUCUUUUCUGAUGAGAACAACUUUUGCAUCUCAUUUGUAAACCAAGGACCCAGAGUCUGGAGGAAGAAUGGGGAGGCACACAAUGCCAGAUGCGUGAAGUUUCCACUGUCUGUGUUGAUUUGGGUAGCCAUGUCAUCAGCUGGUGUUGGUCCACUGUGCUUCAUUAAGUCCAGGGUCAACGCAACCGUCUACCAGGAGAUUUUGGAGCACUUCAUGCUUCCUUCCACAGACAAGCUUUAUGGGGAUACUGACUUCAUUUUCCAGCAGGUCUUGGCACCUGCCCACACUGCCAAAAGUACCAAAACCUGGUUCAGUGCCCAUGGGAUUACUGUGCUUGAUUGGCCAGCAAACUUGCCUGACCUGAACCCCAUAGAGAAUCUAUGGGGCAUUGCCAAGAGAAAGAUGAGAGACAUGAGGCCGAGCAAUGCAGAAGAGCUGAAGGCUGCUAUUGAAGCUUCCUGGUCUUCCAUAACACCUCAGCAGUGCCACAGGCUGAUAGCAUCCAUGCCACGCCGCAUAGAGGCAGUAAUUGAUGCAAAAGGGGCCCAAACCAAGUACUGAGUACAUAUGCAUGCUUCUACUUCAGAGGUCCAAUAUUGCUCUAUUUGCAAUCCUUGUUUUGCUGAUUUCAUUUAAUAUUCUAAUUUUCUGAGAUUGUUAAUUUGGGGUUUUCAUCAGCUGUAUGCCAUAAUCAUCACAAUUAUAACAAAUAAAGGCUUGACAUUAUCUCGCUUUGCAUGUCAUGAGUCUAUCUCAUAUAUUAGUUUCACCUUUUAAGUUGAAUUACUGAAAUAAAUGAACUUUUCCACGAUAUUCUAAUUUUUUGAGUUUCACCUGUAGACCGCGCCUUACUUUAAACAUAUGUUUAUGUUAAACUGACAGUUUUCCAGUAUGGUAGAGAAUUGUACUGCUUGCUUGCUUAAUCCAGAGCCAUAAGGGAUUUUGAGAUUAUCAAAAUCUCUUUUUCAAGGUAGUACACAUUCUGAGUUCUCUUAUUAAUAUUUCAUUAUUUCUUUUUCCUAUUUUAUGCUACACUGUGUUAGGUUGUCUCCUAGGUUUGCUGCACACGUUUUAUAAUGAACAAGAAACAUAGAGCUUUGGAGAUUUUUAUAUGGCAAAGAGUCCCAACCCGUUGCUGGUUCUUUGUCAUGGAUGCAUUUUGAAAAAUGUGCAAUGCUGUCUUGCAUAUAUUAUGGUUUUAGUGUGUGCAUUAUGGGGCCAUGCUAAAAAUAUAAUAUGCAUAGCAGCUCUUAAUCACAUUUCCAUUAAAAGAAGUCUAAAAUUAUUUUAUGUACAUUUUUUUCAACAACAACAACAAAAGAAUCACUGCAGCAUGGUGUGAGAAAUCUGGAUGAUAAAUCAUGUGAUUCAUUUUUUUCCAGUUUCCAUAAGAUUGUGUCCCUAAUUUCUUGCACUUCUUGCUGUUGUACCAUCUCCCGUAUUUUAGUUGGGCGGAUGAUGAUGAUGAUGUUGAUAUUGAUGAUAUUGAUGAUGGCAGAAAAAGAUACAGUAUAAAGGACAAGUUUUAUGUGGGUUUUUCAGUAUUCUAGGUUGGUGCCAAAAUAUUUUUUUUCAGUUGUACUGUAGAUUGUUUACAUGUGAAGUGCCUGUGAUAACUCUUUUACUAGUCUUAAACUUCUUUGCAAUUUCUUUGUGUCUCAAUAGAUGCAAUGUGUAUUUUUGAAUAUUAGGUUUUUGUAAGAUUGGUAACGUAAAGUUUAAAGGACUAACACCUGAGUGUUGGAUGUUCUUCAGUUUGCACAGUUUGAAUUUAUUAGGUUUGGUUUUCUAAAGAAAAAAAUUGUAAAUAUGCUUUUAUUUAUCCUAUUUAAUUUGAUACUCAGUCAUUUUUUCAAUGUAUUGUUGGACAAUGGAUGCCACUUUCUUUAAAUUAUUUUCAUUGUCUGACACUUAACAGUGACAUAUGGCGUGAUUUAAAUGGGAGUCGUACAGAAGCUUAUGAGUUAAGGAUGUUGAGGUAAAACUGCCAAAUAAAUAAAUCUCAGGUUUAUAUUGUGACUUGUCAGGACUUUACAUCUUGCUCCUGACUUCUGUUACUACGGAGUAGUGAAACUGAGCCCUAAAGAAGCUCUAUUUUGCAAUAUUUACAAAAGCGUUGGGCAGCUGGCUGGUUCAGGGCAUUGAGCUGUUCCCUCUGCACUGUGUGGUCAGUAAUCCUAAAGCUGCAAAUCAGGUUUGUUUGUUUGUUUGUUUGUUUGCUUGCUUGCUUGCUUGCUUGUGAGGGGCAAGGAGAGAUUCCUGUUCCCCCAUGUUAUUUGCUGUUCUCCCUUUCCCUCUGUUUCUGUUGUAACAAAAGUGUUGAGUUGGGGGAAAGAACAGCUGCUGGGCACAGGGUGAAAAGGAGGAAGGGGAUUGCUACAUCCUGGCAGCAGCAAUGCAUGGUCAUGCAUCAUAAGGCAAGAUGGUAGCUCCUCUUUUCCUGUACACCCCCCUCCACUACCCCUUUGUACUAGAGCCACAGUUCAUGCAGCAGGUCCAUUAUGACACCACACACCCCGGCUAGUAAGAGAUUGCACCUCUUAUAAUCAGUGCAUCUGUAUCUCCCCAUCGUUUUAGAAGCUAUUCUGUGCCCCGUUUACAAGCCUUGGAGACAAAUCCAUCAGUGCCACAAUGGGUGUUCCCGUAACUUCCCCCCUUUUGCUCUACAGUGUGAUGAGAAUGGUAGAAAUGAGAUAAAUUACCAUGUCUUUGAAAUUAACCUUUCAUUUAGUUACUUCACUGUACAGUGGAAGAGUCCCAACCCAUUGCUGGUUCUUUGUCAUGUAUGGAUUUUUGUGUUGAGUUGUGGACAUAAUCCGUCCUAGAGGCACGUCCGCAACUCAAAGUGUUCCCAUCCAGAAGCGCAGCGUUUGCGCACAUGUACAGCAUGAUUUAGCACUUCUGCACAUGCUCAAGCGGCCGAAGUAACUGUUCUGGUACUUCCGGGUUGCCACAGGACGCAACUUGAAAAGACAUAACCUGAAGCAGACGCAACAUGAGGUAUGACUGUAUACAUUUAUUUAAUUAAAUGGAAAAAGCCAGACUCUUUUCUCAUUUUUGAGCUGUGUGUCUGCAAUUUUCAAAUAAACUAAAUUCUUCUUCCUUGUCCAAAUGAUAAAACAUAUUUCUUUGUUCAUAACUCUCCACUACCCAAGGAACUCCCUGUUGGAUUGCUGUUGGCUGCAGUACCACAUAAUAGUUACUGGGUUAAAUUUGUAGUGUGGGGCAAAAGGGGUACAGGGGGUCUUGAAUGCUUUCACAACAUAUGUGCAAAGUGAACUUGUGACUAGCUGCUUUUUCUUCCUCCCUUCAAGUGUGUGUUGUGAGCCUAAGGCAGGCCUUAGAUGGCAUCCUUGAGCCAAAUAAAAAGCACACUAAACUGUUUCAUGAAGCUUUUAAAUAGAGCAUGAUUUGUUGUAGAUUAGACCUUUCCUUUCACAGUUUUCCCCAUAAUUGUAUUUUUAGUUAAUGUUAGCUUUGAAAACCUUUUAAGGUUUAAUUUCAGUCUGUUACAAGAAAGAAAAGAUAAAUAUCAUUUUUGUAGAUUUUGUGAAAUAUAAAAUCACCUUAGCACAGUUUAAUAGAAAAAGCUGGUGUGAUGUUGGGUGCAGUUGGAUGCAGAAUGAGCCCAGACCUCAAGAUUUUUAGGCAUUCCACCAUGCAGCACUCAAACACCACACUGUACAAAAGUGGAUUCUGUUUUGAGAUGUCACAGCUCACUCCUCCUCCUCCUCCUCCUCCUCCUCCUCCUCCUCUCACUCCUAUCCUUUCUCUUGUUCUUGAAAGUGUUUAUUCUCUUUUGUUCUUCAUUACAAAUAAAUAAAAUCCAAGCCCUCGUCCUUCAGAUGGUGAUUUGUAUACCCAGGCUGUAAGUCAAACAACUAGUGACAUUCCUCUUGGUUUCAAAAAUGGUUUGGUUUGAAGUGGGGGUAGGGGUGGGGGACGAGAGUUUCAGUCACUGUAUUAAUGUGGAGUUUUGGGUCCUAGCUUAGAAUAUUAACCCCCUUUUCAUAAGCAAACCAAGCAGUACAUCUAAGCCCAUUACUUUUGUGGAGCUCUAAUUUCUCCAGGAUUCUCAUUUUGCUCAUUUGCCAAAAAUUGGCAAGCUGCAAAAUUCUGCACGUUAAAGGUUCAGAGUGCACUGUGGUCUAGAUAAUAAGAUAAUGGUAGGUGUGGCCAUUAUUAUUUUUAAGAAGGACAUUUUUACCAUUUCCCCAUGCUUCCAGCAUGCACAAUUGUGCACUUCUGAACACAAAAACUUCCACUGACAGAAUCUUUGAACAAGCACAGUCUUGAAUUCAUCUUUCACGUGACUGAAUAAAACUUGAAUGCUGUUUCUCACAGUUAAAUCACCUACAUAAUAGUAUUAGUAUCCUGCCUUGAAAAAGGUGUUGCAGGUUGGGAACCUUUGGUCCUUUGGAUGCUGCUGAACAACAACUCCCAUCAUCUCUGUCCAGCACUAUCAAGAGGCCCAAAGUUUUCUCAUACCUGGUCUACAGAGUAAGCCAUUGGAAUAUACAAAAACAGUGUUAAGAGACAGGUAGAGCAUUUUCUACUACAGUGUUUCUCAAACUUGGGUCCCCAGGUGUUGUUGGACUACAAUUCCCAUCAUCCCUGGCUUGCAGGACCAGUGGUUAGGGAUGAUGGGAGUUGUAGUCCAACAACACCUGGGGGUUGAGAAACUGUUCUACUGCAUACUUAAACCAGUGUCAAAGUAGUUUGAUCUUUCCUCAAAGUAAGUAUGUUAGUAUUGGGAGGACACUAGGAAUUGCUAAAAUAUCACUCCCUCCCCACUUGUCAAUCUUGGGCCUGGCUGACAUAAUUAGAUUAUGCCAUUAAACUAGAUUCAUAGUAUCUGUGAAGCCACUCCUAAUUGGUGAACAAUAAAUUAUUUAUCAAUGUCUGUUUUCUGAUGCACCCACCAGCAUUUAACACAGGUAUACAGAAAACCUUCUGUAAAAUAUACUUGGUAUUGUACAUGGGGGUAGGAGCAUUACAUGCUCUGUAAGUUCCCCAUCCCAUUUGUUUUGCAUUAAAAUGCAAUUAACAGGUUUUAUUGAAGUAUAUUAAAAUAAAUGUUUGGUAUGCCUAUACCUAUUUAUUGUUCCUUCAUUUGGAAAGUUCUUUUUGUAGGUGUUGAGAUCUUUUAUUAAUUUCACUCUAACAUAAAGAUGUUCUGUCUUCCAACAAGGACUAAAAAUAUGUGCAAAAUCUAUAGAUAUGUAAAACACACACACACACACACACACACACACACACGGGCUGCCAAAAUGACAAAAUUGUAGUGUUUUAAUUUAGGAGAGAGGUUGUACAUUAUUUUCUUGUACUACUUUAUAAUUCACCAAGCACAGCAAUUCUUACUGUUUUUUCUGUUCAUGGAGCACAGGUUUAAUCAUUCUCCUGGGGCUGCCUUUUGCAGACAAAUUAGUCUCCAUUUGAUGCUUCCCAAUAACUCAUGUGCGCAUAGAAUACUUACUUUGUAAUGUCCUGCGAUCUCCAGGGAUUCAGGCUCUGCUAAUUUCUUGGCGUGGGUGGGUGUAAAAAAUGAACUGUCACAAACCUACAAAAAUUGGCGAGGUGAAGCAGCAACUGGAUUUGCUGAGAUCCAUUUCAUACAUGACAUUCUCCAUAUGAAUGUGUUCCUGCUCAAACCAAAUUCUCAGUGUGAUGGCACUUUUAACCUACAAACCACUGAGUUCAUUUGUGUUACUGAAACCCAUGCAGUGUUGUAGGAAGAAUGGCAGACUUACUGCACUGUGCUGCUACCACGGUGUGAGAUGUGAGUGUUACACAUUCUGCAAAAGAGACUGGGGUGCUGGGCUGUGAUGGGAUUAAUGGGAAGAAGUGCAAACUCUUGCGUACUCUGUAGAACUAAGACAAAAUAAUGGGACGAGGUUGGUUGGUUGGGGCGGGGUUGCUUAUUUUUAAAUAUUGAAUCUACUACUUGGUCAGUAUUCAUUUAUUUUGUAUCUUCCCUUCAACUUUAGCCAAAUCAACAUAGCUGCUUAAGUGUAAAUGUGUGCAAAACUGAGUACAACUUCAGCAAAGUAGUGAAAAGCAGUCAGGGACUAUACUUUUUUCCUCUGUGUGUAUCUAUAUAUUUCGAUAUCCAUUUGGUGUUGCAUUUUAAUUUGCUUUGUGUUCAUGUUCUGUAAGAUGCUUCACCGCCCCAUUCAUCUUCUUGUACAUGACUCUUCCAACACUUGCUUUUUUCCAGGACUACUUUAUUGCUAGAGCUUCCAACAAGUGUAUGUUCAUUGAAAAUAGUCCUGUUUUAGUUUUCUUCUGUAAAUAGUUUUCUAUUGGAAUCAGCAUGAAAAAGACCCACGUGUCCAAAACUGAUGUACAUAAUCUAUGUAUAAAAUGCAAACUCUUUCAUAAUCCUUGUGUAGUCAAAUGUGUGUUUUGUUCUUCUAUCAUUAAUGGUCAGCAGCUGCCUAGUAAGGAGCCUGACUUUUGACUGGUUGCAUUUUCAUUAUGGCUGUGUGCUCUUGUGCGAUUGUUUUUUCUAUAAAAAAAGUGGAUAAGGUACGUGUUUG